AUGGGAAGCUCUAUGGGUUGUGUGAGGCCUCCUAGGGAGGGAGGACACGGCUUACCCCCACUGUCCCCCAACCCCAAACGGCGCCUCCGCUUCCGGCGGAAACGCAAAGGAAAGAAGCACCAGAAAAGAGAGUCGGUAGGCUCGGAAGUGGAAAGCAUAAGGAUAAGCAACAUACCAGAGGAAGAGGAUGAAGAGGAGGAGGACAGAGGUACUGUCACAGAGGCGACCACCGCCUCGUUCAACACUAUGAGUGAUGUCGGCGCCAAAAUCACCAAUUUAACCGUGCCUCAUGUCCAAACUCAAUCCAGACUACCCCUUCCCAGUGCUCUCUGUGCUGACUCCACAAGCGACAGCAUGGGGGGGUUGGGUGGUAGCAGAGUGCUGUCCCCUGAGCCAAGCCCAGUGUGGAGAAGGGUGUCCUACCCCGGAGCUGGGAGUGAGGAAGGGGGGACGAGCAGUACCAUAGAGGCCCCAAGCAGCCAAGGGCAACCCAGUGAGGAUCCCACCCCGUCCGCAGACAACCCUGACCCAUCUUUCCCGUCCCAGGUGUACACCACCCCUGGUGGGGGUCGGGUCUGCAAAGUCAGGGAGCGAGAACAAGGGGUCCUGGAGAGGCCUUGUAUACUAAGACCCAAGAAAGAAAGGGAACGAGAGAAAAAACGAGAGAAAGAGGAUGAAGGUGGGGGUGGGCUAGCAGGGACUCUGGGGGUUGCUUUUAACGCCCCUUCGGAAAAGGAGCGCAAAGGGGUGGUCCACAUUCGCGAGGUGGAGGGCCGGCUGUGUGUUGUGAGGACAGUCUACCCCAGUGACUUUGGGUCCCCGGUUUGGAGAGGGGACAGUUACCAUGAUAAAGAGGUAGAAGUAGAGGUACGUGCCGAACCUCCAGCCGCAUCCCCAGUGACUGGGAAAAUCCUCAAAGUACAGCUUUCUGAGGAAGACAUCAUGAAAGCCAAAAUUGACGCCUCCAGUCCGCAUAAGACAGCUAAACGUCUGGGGACCCGGGAAACUACAGAAGUCAAGGAAGGCACAGUGACUGGAAACAAAGUUCAACUCUCUGAGGAAGACCGCAGGAGAGCCAAAAUGGAUGCCAGGACCACUUUCCUUAUGGGGACACAGGAAACUACAAAAGUCAAGGAACUCAGUCUGGAUAAACCAGCACAGGUCCAACAGGGACUAUUAAUACAGAACCCUCUUUCCUCUGGUUAUGCCAACGAUCUGCCACUCACAUCCCCAGAGACUGGGGGAGUCACCCAGGUAAGCAGGGUUGGCUUGACCCAAAGUAGAGCCAAAAUGGACACCUCUGGUCCCAAUAUGACAACCAACCUUAUGGGGACCCAGGAAACUACGACGGCUGAGGGACCCUCGGUACAGGACCCUCUGUCCUCGGGCUAUGCCAGCGACCUGCCACUAACCUCCCCAGAGGCAGGGGGCGCCACCCAGGUAGACUGGGAAAGCUCCAGAGAGGGACUGGACUCUGCAACGGACAGUCCUCUAUCUCCACCCCAGUUCCCCACAAAGCAGUUCCCUCAGGUCAGCGGCAUCUUUUUCUCUUUCCUUCUCUUUUCCGCUCGCUCUCUUUUACUUGUGGAAGUGGAAAUGUAGGCUAGAUAUUUGGGGGCUUGUCCAGGAUCAGGGCGGGAGAGCAUAUUUAUGAAUGUGUGUUGCCCUUUUACGGCUUGUAUACUACUGUCACACAUCUUUGUGUCAGAGAGAUUUUGUGUGUGUGUGUGUCCUGGUUGUCAGCCCUGCAGAAGGCACUCUGCAUCUUCUCAUCCUUCCGGAGUCUGUCCCCAGAGCCUAAUCAGCACAGCACAGACCUUCUCUGCAUCUCUCCCCCUUCUCUCGCUUCUCCAUCACUCAUUAUUUUCCUCACACGCCCACUCUUUCCUCUGUUACUUCUGACUGUGUGUGUGUGUGUGUUUCCUCAAAUGGCAGGGUUCCUGACAGCAUACUGAAACGUGUUAUUUUGCAAUUAUGUAUUGGUUUAUGAGAUCAUACGGCUCACACAAUGAUGUGUGUGUGUCUGGGGGGUGGAUUCAAUGGCCUCAUUUGAGCUCCAUCGCAAUAAGCUGUUCAAUGAAAGGACCAACUGUCAUAGAAAUAUAAUUACAGUAACUUUAAUGGUAAUGUCGGUUCUAGUAAUUCUACCCCUAUGCCUACUCUAUUGUAGGUCUUUAACCCCACAGUUGCUGGUGACCCUUUCACUGUUGUUACCAAUAAUUAACCUCAAUUGGUAAUGGUAGUUAGUUGAUAUAGUACCUUUCUUGCUCAAAGUGCUUUACAUUGACAGCAGGAAACUCCCUUCGUGGCUGCCGACCUGUAGCACCCGGCCGUCAGUAUGUUAUGUAUGCUGUGAUGGUAUGACGUUAUGUUCUCUUUGGGCCUGUGUGUCUUAUUUGAUGCGCGGUGCUGAGUCACGGGGAAAGCAAGACACACACCCACACCCACACCCCCCACACCCCCCACACACACACACACACACACACACACACACACACACUCAGUUGCUUAGAGCCCGGUCUCCGCAGAGGCUCCCGUUUACGAGUGUUUUAGCCAGGUAACGAUCAAUAGUUCUGGCUCUUUCUCGAGUGUGUGGGUGGGUGGGUGUGGUGUGUGUACGUACGUGGCGGCUGCCUUUUUGGCAAUGUCUGGGCUGCCCUCAUAGGAAUAAAUAGGGAUUUCAGAUGCGCAUUCAUCAACACUAUACUGCUACAUCUAGCCUCAGAGGGGGAUUCCAAACACUUUAUAUCCAUCCCACUCUCUCUUUGUCUCUAUCCCUCUCUCUAUCCCCUCUUUUUAUGUAUUUGGUGUAUUCUGUCCGUCUCGUUCUCUCUCCCCAUCAACUACUGUAUCUAAAUAUCUCCUCGUCUCUCUCCCUGCCUAUCCUCCAUUUUCUCUCUUUCUCCCUCCCUCUCCAUCCACCCCUCUCUCUCCCAUCGCUCUUCCUACUUCAAAGGACCCUUUCUUUAAAUGGAGCCUGUUCUGAGCCCCAGGGGGCUAGUGUAUCAUAGCAGUGUACAGUAAAUGUGUUUUUAUAGCCAUUCUAGUCAAUGGUGAUAGCACUACCUUGCUGUCUCUGAAGCUGUGUGUGUGUGUGAGCAUGUUAAGGCACUGACUCAACAAUCACGAGACGGUGAGAGAAUGAGUCAGAGUAAAUGAAAUGCCCAACAGGAGCUCAGUAUACAAUUAAAAAUAUUUAUGAAACAGAACUUGUCAGUGGUCCAAUGUAAACAAGCACUGUAUGUUGUACUUGAACAUACUUUGAUGUGUGUAUUCGAGGGUUACGCCAUCUUAAAGAGCGUUCAUAGUGUGUCUGUUGGCACUUAUCAGGACUCCUGGGUGGCAGCAGGCCUCUGGCUGCUCGUGUGUGUGUCGGUGACGGUGUGUCUGUUAGUGUUUGGUAGUGUCUGAUUUAAGCAUGAUGUCACCAGCUAAUUGACACUAUGUGCCCUGUUUUGACAGUGUAAAAUCGCUACCAUAUGUUACCCAAAACAACCGUAUUACUCAUAAUACCUGGUUCAGAAUUUAUGACAAACGUGUCCAUGAGAAGGUGGCAAUUAUGUAUGAAGAUUUUAAUUGGGCAGUGCAAGCAUACAGUAUGUGGUAUGCGGUCCAAUCACCAGCUGCGGUAUUCUAAACAGGUUAUGGGUUGCAGGGGGGAAACUGAGCUACACAGGAUGGUAGAGUGAGGCUGUGCUUGACUCUGUUGUUUAUUGCCAGUCAGUUUGUAGUGUAUGGCCUUGCCUUGAUAAUCUUUACUAUAAGAGCCUCGCGCCACGGAGGAGCUGUGUUUUGGGGUACACACAGGUGUGUGUCUGUCUGCGUGUUUGCUGUCGGUGUGUUUGGUUUGUACUGUAUGUGCAUGUCUAGCCUUAUUAGUUUAGGCAGGGCUGGUUUUGCUCUCUCUUGUUUGCAGGCCAUUCCUCCUCUCCCGCUCUCAUCCCCCCUCUCUCUCUCCUUCUCUUUUGGCUGUUGCUGCAGUCUCCUGGCACUCACUGGACUUUCAUUCUGUUCUAUAUUAGCACCCGAGAGACAGACAGACUGACUGACGGAGGGAGGGCGGGCGGGCAGGCAAGAUAGGAAGUGAGAAAAAGGGAUGACGGAGGAAUACUGAUGACAAGAACCAGGCACUGCCAGAUACUGCAUAUACAACAGCCACCCUUUGUCAUGAUGAACAGAUUAAAGAAAUAAAGAAGAAAGUAUAGGGAAAAAGGGGAGGGGGGAGGUGGAGGACGGUUGGCUUAAGGAGGUUAUAAGCGCUUUGACCUCAAAAAGAAAAGAGAGGGUAGAAAAGGAGGAGUGAAACAGCAGAUUGAUGUGAAGGCGAGACGAAUGAAUCAGAACGAGGCAGUGUUUGAGGAAGAACAGAUCAAAUGAGGAGAAAAGCUAAAGUGACAGAUAGAAGAAGGAAUGAAGUGGGGGGGGGGGGGAGAGGGGGAUAUUGUGGUGAGAAAACAAGUUAAUGAGCUGGCCAGAAUAAUGAGAGACCGAAAGAGAAAAUAAUAGAACAUUGGCUCGGGCUUAAGGCCUAUUGAUUAAAGGAGAAGAAGGAUCGGAACAAAGAUGACAAGUUGAAUAAAAGACUAGCACGUUGAUACAUUUCUGCUGACUCACUGUGUGUGUACGUUUGUGUGUCACGUACAUCCGUGUUUGCCUGUGUGAAAUAGGGGCACAGUGAUUGUUCAUUCAUUUAAGUCAUGACACUAAAGAGACCAUAUGUUUGAAACAGAGUAAUUAAUGCACACUGUGGGUUACAGACUCAUAGUAGGACAAUGGCAUGAAUAUGAGAUAGGAUAAUGUAGUGUAUAAUGAAUGUUUACCCAUAAAGGGAAAUGGUGUGUAUAUGUGCCAGCUGUUGUGUUUUUCGUUACCACGAUUAUACAGUAAGAGCAGGCAUCUUUUGACCAUGAAAUAGUUCAUAUUUGGAACCUUAUACCAAUAACAUUACUUAUGGAUGGAUCCAAGCAAAGUCAUCCCAAUAUGUACACUACCAGUCAAACGUUUGGACACACCUGCUCAUUCAAGGGUUUUUCUUUAUUUUUACUAUUUUCUACAUUGUAGAAUAAUAGUGAAGGCAUCAAAACUAUGAAUUAACACAUAUGGAAUCAUGUAGUAAACAAAAAACUGUUAAACAAAUCAAAAUAUAUUUUAGAUUCUUCGAAGUAGCCACCCUUUGCCUUGAUGGCAGCUUUGCACACUCUUGGCAUUCUCUCAACCAUGAGGAAUUAUUUUCCAACAGUCUUGAAGGAGUUCCCACAUAUGCUGAGCACUUGUUGUUUUCCUUCACUCUGCUGUCCAACUCAUCCCAAACCAUCUCAAUUGGGUUGAGGUGGGGUGAUUGUGGAGGCCAGGUCAUCUGAUGCAGCACUCAUCACACUUCUUGGUCAUAUAGCCCUUACAUAGCCUGGAGGUGUGUUGGGUUAUUGUCCUGUUGAAAAACAAAUUAUAGUCCCACUAAGCGCAAACCAGAUGGGAGGGGGUAUCACUACAGAAUGCUGUGGUAGCCAUGCUGGUUAAGUGUGCUUUGAAUUCUAAAUUAAUCACCGACAGUGUCACCAGCAAAGCACCAUCACACCUCUUCCUCCAUGCUUUACGGUGGGAACCGCACAUGCGGGGAUCAUCCGUUCACCUACUCUGCCUCUCACAAAGACACAGCGGUUGGAACCAAAAAUCUCAAAUUUGGACUCAUCAGGCCAAAGGACAGAUUUCCACCUGUCUAUUGUCCAUUGCUCGUGUUUCUUGGCCCAAGCAAGUCUCUUCUUCUUAUUGGUGUCCUUUAGUAGUGGUUUCUUUGCAGCAAUUCGACCAUCAACGCCUGAUUCAUGCAGUCUCCUCUGAACAGUUGAUGUUGAGAUGUGUCUGUUACUUGAACUCUGUGAAGCAUUUAUCUGGGCUGCAAUCUGAGGUGCAUUUAACUCUAAUGAGCUUAUCCUCUGCAGCAAAGGUAACUCUGGGUCUUCGUUUCCUGUGGCGGUCCUCAUGAGAGGCAGUUUCAUCAUAGCGCUUUAUGGUUUUUGCGACUGCACUUGAAGAAACAUUCAAAGUUCUUGACAUUUUCCAGGUUUGACUGACCUUCAUGUCUUAAAGUAAUGAUGGGCUGUCAUUUCUCUUUGCUUAUUUGAGCUGUUCUUGCCGUAAUAUGGAUUUGGUCUUUUACCAAAUAGGGCUAUCUUCAGUAUACCACUCCUACCUUGUCACAACACAACUGAUUGGCGCAAACGCAUUAAGAAGGAAAGAAAUUCCACAAAUUAACUUUUAAGAAGGCACACCUGUUAAUUGAAAUGCAUUCCAGGUGACUACCUCAUGAAACUGGUUGAGAGAAUGCUAAGAAUGUGCAAAGCUGUCAUCAAGGUAAAGGGUGUCUACUUUGAAGAAUCUCAAAUAUUACUACAUGAUUCCGUAUGUGUUAUUUCAUAGUUUUGAUGUCUUCACUAUUAUUCUACAAUGUAGAAAAUAGUACAAAUAAAGACACACCCUUGAAUGAGUAGGUGUGUCCAAACUUUUGACUGGUACUGUAUAUCACAUAUUUAUUAACCCUCACCUCUCCUCUGGUCUCACCAGAUCUGUGUAUUCAUAAUAUAUUAAUAACCCUAUCCUCUCCUCUGUAUUCCAGAUAUCAGAGAUCUAUGUGAGUGGUGAGUCAGGGGACCUGACAGCUAAGGAGAAGCUGUUGUUAUGGAGCCAGCAGGCCACAGAGGGUUGGCCUGGCCUCCGCUGUACCAACUUCUCCUCUUCCUGGAGCGACGGACGCAUGUUCAACGCCCUGCUCCACCGAUUCAGGUACACACACACACACACACACACUGAGAUGCAGAUACACCCACACUUUCAGUUCUGACCCCCCCUGUCUCCCUCUCUGGUGGUCUUCAGGCCAGACCUGAUUGAUAUGGAGGUGGUGGCGCAGCAGAGUAACCUUGACAACCUGGAGCAGGCCUUUGAGAUUGGAGAGUCGCUAGGGGUGACCAGACUACUGGACGCUGAAGGUAACUGUCUGUCUGCCUGUCUGUCUGUCUUUGUGUUUCUGUCCGUCUGUGUUUCUGUCUGUCUAUGUUUCUGUCUAUCUGUCUGUGUACUUCUCGACUCCAGCCGUUUUACGGUGUUGACAGGUCUGGUAUCGUGAGACUAGUGUACUUCAUGAUACUGUCUGUGUGCCUCUGUGUUCUGUUGGUCUGCCUCUCUUUUUUUUGGUCUCCCUACCGUUUAUAUCAUGUUGACCUUUCCGCUCCCCCUUUCAUCUCCUCCUACCGCUUUCUCUCUUUUUCUCUCUCUCUAGAUGUGGAUGUUCCGUCUCCAGAUGAGAAGUCGGUCAUCACAUACGUCUCCUCCAUCUACGAUGCCUUCCCCAAGAUCCCUGAGGGAGGAGAGGGCAUCGCAGCACAUGUAUGUUCUACUCCUCUCACAUUAACAUUAGUAUGUACAGUGAGGGAAAAAAAGUAUUUGAUCCCCUGCUGAUUUUGUACGUUUGACCACUGACAAAGACAUGAUCAGUCUAUAAUUUUAAUUGUAGGUUUAUUUGAACCUGAGAGACAGAAUAACAACAAAAAUCCAGAAAAACGCAUGUCAAAAAUGUUAUAAAUUGAUUUGCAUUUUAAUGAGGGAAAUAAGUAUUUGACCCCUCUGCAAAACAUGACUUAGUACUUGGUGGCAAAACCCUUGUUGGCAAUCACAGAGGUCAGACGUUUCUUGUAGUUGGACACCAGGUUUGCACACAUCUCAGGAGGGAUUUUGUUCCACUCCUCUUUGCAGAUCUUCUCCAAGUCAUUAAGGUUUCGAGGCUGACGUUUGGCAACUCGAACCUUCAGCUCCCUCCACAGAUUUUCUAUGGGAUUAAGGUCUGGAGACUGGCUAGGCCACUCCAGGACCUUAAUGUGCUUCUUCUUGAGCCACUCCUUUGUUGCCUUGGCCGUGUGUUUUGGGUCAUUGUCAUGCUGGAAUACCCAUCCACGACCCAUUUUCAAUGCCCUGGCUGAGAGAAGGAGGUUCUCACCCAAGAUUUGACGGUACAUGGCCCCGUCCAUCGUCCCUUUGAUGCGGUAAAAUUGUCCUGUCCCCUUAGCAGAAAAACACCCCCAAAGCAUAAUGUUUCCACCUCCAUGUUUGACGGUGGGGAUGGUGUUCUUGGGGUCAUAGGCAGCAUUCCUCCUCCUCCAAACACGGCGAGUUGAGUUGAUGCCAAAGAGCUCAAUUUUGGUCUAAUCUGACCACAACACUUUCACCCAGUUCUCCUCUGAAUCAUUGGCAAACUUCAAACGGGCCUGUAUAUGCUUUCUUGAGCAGGGGGACCUUGCGGGCGCUGCAGGAUUUCAGUCCUUCACGGCGUAGUGUGUUACCAAUUGUUUUCUUGGUGACUAUGGUCCCAGCUGCCUUGAGAUCAUUGACAAGAUCCUGUCGUGUAGUUCUGGGCUGAUUCCUCACCUUUCUCAUGAUCAUUGCAACUCCACGAGGUGAGAUCUUGCAUGGAGCCCCAGGCCGAGGGAGAUUGAGUUAUUUUGUGUUUCUUUCAUUUGCGAAUAAUCGCACCAACUGCUGUCACCUUCUCACCAAGCUGCUUGGCGAUGGUCUUGUAGCCCAUUCCAGCCUUGUGUAGGUCUACAAUCUUGUCCCUGACAUCCUUGGAGAGCCAUUUGGUCUUGGCCAUGGUGGAGAGUUUGGAGUCUGAUUGAUUGAUUGCUUCUGUGGACAGGUGUCUUUUAUACAGGUAACAAGCUGAGAUUAGGAGCACUCCCUUUAAGAGUGUGCUCCUAAUCUCAGCUCAUUACCUGUAUAAAAGACACCUGGGAGCCAGAAAUCUUUCUGAUUGAGAGGGGGUCAAAUACUUAUUUCCCUCAUUAAAAUGCAAAUCAAUUAAUAACAUUUUUGACAUGCGUUUUUCUGGAUUUUUGUUGUUGUUAUUCUGUCUCUCACUGUUCAAAUAAACAUACCAUUAAAAUUAUAGACUGAUCAUGUCUCUCAGUGGGCAAACGUACAAAAUCAGCAGGGGAUCAAAUACUUUUUUCCCUCACUGUAUUAAUGUACAGUUGGUCAGUCUGUGUGAACUAAUGUAUUCGGAAUACACUAUUUGAAUAUAUUAUGACAUAUGAACUCUUAUUGGCAUGACUGCUCAAGGGACAUUAUGUUGCCAAAGCUGUGGAGCCAAUAAUGAACUCCAUUGAUCGCAGUCAGCCGUUGAAGGAUAUUGAUAGCUGACUGUCAAGGAACCAGUCCUAUACUCCCUCUCUGUCUGUCUGUCUCUCUCGCUCUCUCUCUAUAUCUCCCCCCCCCCCUCCCCUCGCUCUCCCUUUCCCCCUUCCUCCUUCCCUCUUUCGCUCGCUCUCUCUCUAUCAGGAGGUGGACCACCGUUGGGCGGAGUACCAGUCUCGUUUCUCCACACUGCUCCAGUGGAGCCGACAGCACACGGCCCUCAUGGCCAACAAGAACUUCCCACUGAACCCUGUGGAGCUCAAGGUGAAGAGGGAGGGAUGGAAAUGGUGAUGGAGAGAAUAAAAUAGGGAGAAUGAAAGAAGAGAAUGGAGGAGAAGGAAGGAUAGGUAGAAAGAGAGGGAGGCAAUGGAUAUAAGGGGGUGAGGGAGAGCGGGACAGGAUGUGGGUAAUCUCAGAAUAGGAGUGCUGAUCCAGGAUCAGUUCCGCACUUUAGCUCAGCACUACUACUCUGAGACGCUUUAUGAAUACGGGCCCGGAUAACUAGGAAUGCUUUUCUGCUUGAUGUAAAAUGACUGUCUAUUAUUGACAUCGAACCUUUUGUCAAUACCCGAUCACUGUCCCACAGGCACUUUACAAUGAGUACGUCCAUUUCAAAGAGACAGAGAUCCCUGCCAAGGAGAUGGAGAAGAGUCGCAUAGAACACCUCUACAAACUGCUGGAGGUAAGAGAUGGAGGGAGGAGGAAAGAGAGACUUUUGAUUUCUAAAACAUAUUGAGACGUCUCGAUGACGACAAGCAUUAUAAAAUGUCAGCAGAAACUGCAAACCUAUGUUGAUGGUACAGACCGAUUUACCAUCAGAAAGACUGAACGACAUACCCAGGCAGAUACUAAAGUAUCAUUACCCUGAGAACACAGCCUCAUUUCAACAUCAAAUCAUAUUAUGGCAUAUUAGGCUGGCAUGAGUCUUGUAGACAACUGAAACUCAUAAACUCAAUGACCAACGAGGGCGAUGGAGAGAGCUAGAUUAAAGGAUAUGAAGAGGUGACCUGGUUUCUGCCACCACGAGCGGGCCACACUGUGCAUCAUGAGUCCCUCAGGGGUACUCUCUGUGUGUGUGUGUGUGUGUGUGUGUGUGUGUGUGAGAGAGUGAUCGAACACUCUGUUCUCUGCACCAGGCCAUUUCAACCCCAUGCCACUGCCUUGAGACAACAAACUAUAAUUCCUCCAUUUCCCCUCGGUUCUACUUUCCCAUGACUCACAACCCCAAGCAUCCCAAACGUUUAUACUUCAAGACCUCGGAGAGAUUUGGGUCCUUUGCACUCGAAAUCAUGUACUUUGCCAACGAAAUUGAUAAUUUAUAAUGUACUGCAUAUUUAAUUAUUUUUAUAUUGUAUGUAAAAGUAAAGAAUAUAUGUAGGCAUGCAGUGCAUUCGGAAAGUAUUCAGACCCCUUCACUUUUUCCACAUUGUUACGUUACAGCCUUAUUCUAAAAUGGAUUAAAUAAAACGUUUUACUCAUCAAUCUACACACAAUACCCAAUAAUGACAAAGGAAAAAUUUAAAAAAGUGUAUUUACAUAAGUAUUCAGACCCUUUGCUAUGAGACUCGAAACUGAGCUCAGGUGCAUCCUGUUUCCAUUGAUCAUCCUUGAUGUAUCUAUAACUUGAUUGGAGUCCACCUGUGGUAAAUUCAAUUGAUUGGAUGUGAUUUGGAAAGGCACACACCUGUCUAUAUAAGGUCCCACAGUUGACAGUGCAUGUCAGAGCAAAAACCAAGCCAUGAGGUCGAAGGAAUUGUCCGUGGAGCUCCGAGACAGGAUUGUGUCGAGGCACAGAUCUGGGGAAGGGUACCAAAAAAUGUCAGCAGCAUUGAAGGUCCCCAAGAACACAGUGGCCUCCAUCAUUCUUAAAUGGAAGAAGUUUGCCUCAUUCUAGAGCUGGCCGCCCCGCCAAACGGAGCAAUCGGGGGAGAAGGGCCUUGGUCAGGGAGGUGACCAUGAACCCAGAAGGGUAACCAUCUCUGCAGCACUACACCAAUCAGGCCUUUAUGGUGGAAUGGCCAGACGGAAGCCACUCCUCAGUAAAAGGCACAUGACAGCCUGCUUGGAGUUUGCCAAAAGACACCUGAAUGCCAAGCGUCACGUCUGGAGGAAACCAGGCACCGCUCAUCACCUGGCCAAUACCAUCCCUACAGUGAAGCAUGGUGGUGGCAGCGUCAUGCUGUGGGGAUGUUUUUCAGCGACAGGGACUGGGAGACUAGUCAGGAUCGAGGGAAAGAUGAACGGAGCAAAGUACAGAGAGACCCUUGAUGAAAACCUGCUCCAGAGCACUCAGGACCUCAGACUGGGGCAAAGGUUCACCUUCCAACAGGACAACGACCCUAAGCACACAGCCAAGACAAGUCUCUGAAUGUCCUUGAGUGGACCAGCCAGAGCCCAGACUUUAACCUGAUCUAACAUCUCUGGAGAGACCUGAAAAUAGCUGUGCAGCAACGCUCCCCAUACAACCUGACAGAGCUUGAGAGGAUCUGCAGAGAAGAAUGGGAGAAACUCCCCAAAUACAGGUGUGCCAAGCUUGUAGCGUCAUACCCAAGAAGACUCAAGGCUGUAAUCGCUGCCAAAUGUGCUUCAACAAAGUACUGAGUAAAGUGUCUGAAUACUUGUGAUGUUUCAGUUUUUUAUUAUUAUUAAUACAUUUGCAAACAUUUCUAAAAACCUGGUUUUGCUUUGUCAUUAUGGGGUAUUGUGUGUAGCUUGAUGAGGAAAACCCCCAAUUUAAUCGAUUUUAGAAUAAGGCUGUAACGUAACAAAAUGUGGAAAAAGUGAAGGGGUCUGAGUACUUUCUGAAUACACUGUAUGUAUUAUAGAGGUUACAGUUAUAUGUGUGUGUUUGUGUUCCCCAGGUAUGGAUGGAGUUUGGGCGCAUCAAGCUGCCCCAGGGCCUGCACCCCAAUGACCUGGAGGAGGAGUGGGGCAAACUGAUCCUGGAAAUGCUGGAGAGAGAGAAGGCCCUGCGGCCCGCUGUAGAGAGGUCAGCACACAGAGACCAUAACCCUGACCUUAACCCUUACUACUGCUGCUAGUGUUUGAGUUUGUUUACAUCAGGAGCUAUAGAGAGAGAAGGCCCUGCAGCUCGCUGUGGGGAGGUCAGCAGCACAGACAUACUUAACCCUAUAACUAACCAUAACCUUAAAGCUGGAAUCCUUAAUGGUGAAACAGCCAAGUCCGUCUGCAGUUUUAGAACAAAAAAGAAGUUAAUGCAAACAACAAACACUGUUUCUUCCCCUCUGACAUCAUUGCACAUGCGAUAAAAGAGCAUAAUAUGUUGAGCUUUUUUUUCCACCAUGCUGCACAACGGUCCUCAGCUCGGGAACAAAAACAAUAAAAACGGUGGUUGGGCGGCCAGUGGCGCCGUUCCCCCCUACUGCAGAAUUCGUCUUUAACCCAAAUACUUAUUUUUGAGCUAGAGUUUGUUUAUACCAGUAGUUAUGGAAAGGGAAGGCCCUGCGGUUCGCUGUAGAGCACUCUAACCUAACCCUGACACUGUAUUACAGACUUCACUUAGGGCAACAUCUUCAUGGUGCAUGAGCACAGAUCUCUGCACAAAACACAGUACAUCUCAUAAUAAUCAGGUGUUUUCACACUGAUUUUAAUUUGCACAUAUCUGUACUCUGUUGUAUUGUGAAUUGUUGUCCUGAUCUUGAUACUUUAGUACUUUAGUCUUAAAAUUCAAUAGGCCUAGAACUUGUUUACCUGGAAGAUGUUUUUAGGUUGUUUUUCAACUAUUUGUUACGGUUGUACAGUAAACACAUUCCAUAGACACUGGCUGCAUAUGAAAUGGCACCCUAUUCCCUAUAUAGUGCACUACUUUUAACCAGGGCCUGGUCAAAAGUAGUGCACUGUAUAGUAAAUAGGGUGCCAUUUCGGACGCACAAAAUGAAUGUUUUGAGCUUGUUGACACUCUGUGACACUGUGCUGAUACUGUGCGUCUCCCUCCAGACUGGAGUUAUUGCUGCAGAUGGCCAAUAAGAUCCAGAACAUGGCCCUGGACUGUGAGGAGAAACUCACCCUGGCCAAGAACACACUACAGGCCGUGAGUGAUGCUAUCCCUGUCUCUCUUUCUCUCUCUCUCGUCUUCAAUGAGGACUUGCUUAUCUGAGUUUUUUUCAAUUUCCAUUAUAUCGGAGCUAUGUGCCUUUUUCACUGUACUUCACCAUCUCUCCCUUUUCCCUCCUCUUUGUCUUCUUUUCACACCAUGUCUUCUCACUCCUCAUCAGGACAUGUCCCAGGUGGAGAGUGGCGAGGCGGUGCGUUGUGAGAGGGAGCUGGGGGUGUACCUGCAGGACUGUGAGGCUCUGAUCAGACAGCUCAACCUGGACCUCCACAUCCUCCGAGACGAGAAGUACUACCAGGUGGAGCAGCUCGCCUUCAGGUCAGUGGAGGGAGAGGGGGUGGUUAUACUUAGGCUUGGUUAUACUGUGUGCGUCCAGUAUGGUCCUCUGCAGCUCAGUUGGUAGAGCACAGUGCUUGCAACUCCAGGAUAGUGGCUUUGAUUCCCGCUGGGGCGACCCAUAUGUCAAAUGUAUGCAUGCAUAGACUGUAAGUCACUUUGGAUAAAAGCGUCUGCUAAAUGGUAUAUACAGUUGAAGUCGGAAGUUUACAUACACUUAGGUUAGAGUCAUUAAAACUGUUUUUUCAACCACUCCACUAAUUUCUUGUUAACAAACUAUAGUUUUGGUAAGUCAGUUAGGACAUCUACUUUGUGCAUGACACAAGUAAUUUUUCCAACAAUUCUUUACAGACAGAUUAUUUCACUUAUAAUUCACUGUAUCACAAUUCCAGUGGGUCAGAAGUUUACAUACACUAAGUUGACGGUGCCUUUAAACAGCUUGGAAAAUUCCAGAAAAUGAUGUCAUGGCUUUAGAAGCUUCUGAUAGGCUAAUUGACAUCAUUUGAGUCAAUUGGAGGUGUACCUGUUGAUGCAUUUCAAGGCCUACCUUCAAACUCAGUGCCUCUUAGCUGGACAUCAUGGAAAAAUCAAAAGAAGUCAGCCAAGACCUCCACAAGUCUGGUUCAUCCUUGGGAGUAUUUUUCAAACGCCUGAAGGUACCAAGUUCAUCUGUACAAACAAUAGUACGUAAGUAUAAACAACAUGGGACCACGCAGCCGUCAUACUGCUCAGGAAGGAGACGCGUUCUGUCUCCUAGAGAUGAAUGUACUUUGGUGCGAAAAGUGCAAAUCAAUCCCAGAACAACAGCAAAGGACCUUGUGAAGAUGCUGGAGGAAACCACCGUAAAACGUGUCCUAUAUCGACAUAACCUGAAAGGCCGCUCAGCAAGGAAGAAGCCACUGCUCCAAAACCACCAUAAAAAAUGUCAUACUACGGUUUGCAACUGCACAUGGGGACAAAGAUCGUACUUUUUGGAGAAAUGUCCUCUGGUCUGAUGAAACAAAAAUAGAACUGUUUGGCCAUAAUGACCAUCGUUAUGUUUGGAGGAAAAAGGGGGGUCUUGCAAGCCGAAGAACACCAUCCCAACCGUGAAGCACGGGGGUGGCAGCAUCAUGCUGUGGGGUUGCUUUGCUGCAGGAGGGACUGGUGCACUUUACAAAAUAGAUUGCAUCAUGAGGAAGGAAAAUGAUGUGGAUAUAUUGAAGCAACAUCUCAAGACAUCAGUCAGGAAGUUAACGCUUGGUCGCAAAUGGGUCUUCCAAAUGGACAAUGGCCCAAGCAUACUUCCAAAGUUGUGGCAAAAUGGCUUAAGGACAACAAAGUCCAAGGUAUUGGAGUGGCCAUCACAAACUGAAAAAGCAUGUGUGAGCAAGGAGGCCUACAAACCUGACUCAGUUACACCAGCUCUGUCAGGAGGAAUGGGCCAAAAUUCACCCAACUUAUUGUGGGAAGCUUGUGGAAGGCUAUCCGAAACAUUUGACCCAAGUUAAACAAUUUAAAGGCAAUGCUACCAAAUACUAAUUGAGAGUAUGUAAACUUCUGACCCACUGGGAAUGUGAUGAAAGAAAUAAAAUCUGUGAUGAUAGGGAUUGUAAUAUUAAAUAACAUUUAUAGUAAGUAUAGUAUUUUAUAAAAGGAUAAAACGACAUAACAAGCAGAAUAAUACAUCUUUAAAUACAAAUAAUUAGAACAUGGCUUUUUUGGCGGGAGGUUGUUGUUUUGGCGGAUGGUUGUUGUGGUUGGUCCUGUGUUCUCUCUGGCGUCCUUUCCCCCUUGCGGCAGAUGUGGAUGCGGGUGCGUUUGCACGCUCGGCCCAUUUCUUCCGCAGUCAACCAUGUGGUGUGCAUUUUUGUGUUUGAAAAGGUGCGGCGUUAAGUGAGUGAGAGGGGAAAUGGUUGCAUAUCCCAGAGCCGACCGGGGGUCUAUAAGCAGGGGUAGUGAGAGAGAGCUUUCAAUUUUGUGUAGAUGAGGGAUAUACAUUUUUAAAUAUAGUAUACAUCUAAUCUAAUUUUUCAUUGUCCUAUCAUGAUGGAAAGAUCCCUAACCCUAUAACCUAGACACCCACCUGAGCGACCCAUACACCAAAGAGAAGUUCCCAUCUCUUUUAUGGACCUGCUGUGAGUAUGCAGCCUAAACAGAGAAAUAAAUGCGGUCAGAGACCUACUUGAGCAGCACCGCCCCCUCAAGAUUCUGAGCCUGCCUGGCAGGGUUGGUCCUACAAAGCCAGAGCCCCCUGAUGGGAGAGCAUAAUAUACAAGGAAAUUCUCAAAGCUGCUAAUGAGAACCUUGACGACCUUUUACCUAGCCGGUGGGGAUUCCGGUGGGGUACGCCCACCCAGGUAGUGGCAGUGCUGGCAACACUGGCUGCAGUAACCCAUGGGGAGGGGGUCACACUCGGACAAUCAGAGAGGGGGUUUAUCAUUGUGGCCCAGGUGGCACAAAAUAAUCAAAGGUCUGACCGCACGGAGAUGCUUGGGAAAAUGGUUACAACAGGGGAUCAGAGUGUUUGUGUCUCAGGUGAAGAGGGUGGAUCUGAUAUCCAUCACCUAGGACUUGACAUAGAUUAAGUAGAUUAAUCAAAUCUCACAUUGUUAUCAAUUUCUGCUCAAUCUGCAUGCUUUCUCAAUCAGCUUUAACUGUAUGUGCACUCGUAAAUCAAGUUAUUUCUCGAGUUGGGCUCUGGGAUAUAACAGCCGUUGAGUAUCUGAUUUUUUGGUGGAUUGUGGAGGAGGGGGGUUGAGUGUGUUGGAGUAUGUGAGUAUGUGCGUGUGUGCUUGUCUGGCAUCUGUUGUGGGGGGUGGGAUGUUGGGGGGGAGGGGGGUAUGGGAUGGACCACGGGAAUUAUUUGCUAGGAUAAUAAUUGCUUGUCAAUUAAUUAAAUGUAAUACAAUGGCAAUCCGGGUUAUAUGUUAGAAUCCUACGCGUGAACUGCCGACAUUAUUACGCAUAUUAAUUGCAAUUCAAGACAAUAUUAUUAUGGUGGGGGAUUAUAAUACUGUUUUAAAUAGCUCAAUGGACCGUAAAGGAAAUCACACCACAAACAAUCACCCACAUGCUGUUAAGGAAAUUGUGAAUGUCAUGGAUACAUUAGAACUAGUAGAUAUAUGGAGGCUUAAAUAUACUGAUCUAGUGAGAUAUACAUGGCGGAGACUGAAUCAAGCUAGUCGUCUUGACUUCUUUCUUAUCUCAUUCUCGUUGGCACCAAAAGUAAAAAAAAGUGUUGAUAGGGGACAGAAUGCGGUCGGACCAUCAUAUAAUAGGCAUAUACAUUACUCUUACUGAAUUCCCACGUGGGCGAGGAUAUUGGAAAUUUAAUCAAAGCCUAUUGGAUGAUAAUUUAUUUAUAAUUAGAACAAAGGAAUUUAUAACUGACUUUUUCCAACAUAACAUAGGUACAGCGAAUCCCCUUAUUGUAUGGGACACCUUUAAAUGUGCCUUUAGAGGCCAUGCAAUUCAGGACUCAUCUCGAAAACAAAAGCAAUUUAGGUCAAAAGAGUUUAUACUAAGAAAGGAAAUAGAAAGUCUAACAGAACAGAUAGAUGGCAAUAAAAACUGUAACAUAGAGGCUCAGAAUAAAUUAGAGGGAAAACAAAAAGAAACUUAUUCAAGAAAGAUCAAGUGUAAUAUAUUAUAGAAAUAAAGCAAACUGGAUGGAAUAUGGGGAAAAAUGCACAAAAUUCUUUUUUAAUCUUCAACAUAGGAAUGCUACCAAAAAUAACUUAAUGAAACUGGUUACAAUUGACGGAGUCACCCAUAAUUCACCAAAUGAUAUUUUGAAGGAAGAAACAAAGUACUUUAAGCAUAUGUUUUCUUUUCAGUCGCCUCCAUCUCCUCUAACUGAAGCUAAUUGUAGAGAUGUUUUUUCUAUUGAUAAUGUCAAAUUAACAGCCACACAGAGACUCAUGUGAAGGUGAAAUUACAGAGGAGGAACUUCUGGAUGCAAUUAAAUACUUUAAGUCUGGGAAAACUCCAGGGUUGGAUGGCAUACCAGUCGAGGUAUACCAAACCUUUUUUGAUAUACUAAGAGGACCGUUAUUAGCAUGUUUUAACCACUCCUAUGUAAAUGGUAGAUUAUCUGACACUCAAGAAGAAGAUCUCAUUAUUACUGAAACAGGAUACAAGUGGAAAAUAUAAAGAUCCAGUCCAUUUACAAAAUUGGAGGCCCCUUACACUUCAGUGUUGUGAUGCAAAAAUCCUAGCAAAAUGUAUAGCGCAUAGAAUUAAAAAGGUAUUGUCGGAUAUUAUUCAUUCUAAUCAGACAGGUUUUUUACAUGGAAGAUACAUUGGAGAUAAUAUAAGGCAAGUAUUGGAAACAAUAGAACACUAUGGAAAAUAUGGGAAACCAGGCCUGCUAUUCAUAGCAGACUUCGAAAAGGCAUUUGAUAAAGUUCGACUGGGGUUUAUAUAUAAAUGCAUGGAGCAUUUCAAUUUUGGAGAAUCUCUUAUAAAAUGGGUCAAAAUCAUGUAUCGUAACCCUAGGUGUAAAAUAGUAAAUAAUGGCUAUUUCUCAGAAAGUUUUAAACUGUCAAGAGGAGUGAAACAAGGUUGUCCACUAUCGGCAUAUCUAUUUAUUGUGGCCGUUGAGAUGUUAGCUAUUAAAAUCAGAUCCAAUAAUAAUAUCAGAGGAUUUAGAAAUACAGGGCUUAAAAACAAAGGUGUCAUUGUACGCUGAUGAUUCAUGUUUUCUUUUAAAUCCACAACUAGAAUCCCUCCACAGCCUCAUAGAGGAUCUAGAUACAUUUUCUAACUCUCUGGAUUAUAACCAAAUUAUGACAAAUGUACUAUAUUACGUAUUGGAUCACUAAAAAAUACAAUUUUUACAUUACCAUGUAGUUUACCAAUAAAAUGGUCUGAUGGUGAUGUGGAUAUACUCGGAAUACAUAUCCCAAAGGAAAUAAAUGAUCUCACUUCAAUAAAUUUUAAUAGAAAGUUAGCAAAAAUAGAUAAGAUCUUACUACCAUGGAAAGGAAAAUACCUGUCAAUUUGUGGAAAAAUCACCCUGAUUAACUCUUUAGUAUUAUCCCAGUUUACCUAUUUGCUUAUGGUCUUGCCUACGCCUAGCGAACAGUUUUUUAAAUUAUAUGAGAAAAAAAUCAUCUCCCAAAUAUCACUAUUUCUAAAACAAGCCAUAGAAAGUUGGUUGCAAUUUCAAUUUAAUCCUCCAGAAACGACAGAACAAAUAAUGCAACAAAUAUUGUGGUUAAAUUCAAAUAUACUAAUUGACAAAAAACCUUAAUUUUUUGACAGAAUGUUUAAAAAAGGUAUACUCUUCGUAAAUGAUAUAAUCGGUAGGACUGGUGGAGUUAUGUCGCACAUGCAGCUAACAAAAACAUAUGGAAAUGUCUGCUCUACCCAAAAUUACAACCAAAUAAUUGCAGCCUUACCGCAAAAGUGGAAGAGGAAAGUGGAAGGGGGAGAAAGUAAGGAACUUGUCUGUCGGCCUUGCAUUAAAGAACAUAAUUGGUUAAGGAAAACUGUGAUAAAUAAAAAAAGUAUAUCAGUUUCACUUAAGGACCAAAGGAUUGACAGCCGUCCCAUAUAGAUUGCAAAAUAGUUGGGAAGAGAUCUUUGACGUACCGAUCCCAUGGCAUAGUGUUUAUGAACUGACACGCAAAACGACACCGGAUUCAAAAAUGUGUAUCUUUCAAUUUAAAUUAUUAUAUAAAAUUCUUGCUACCAAUAGAAUGUUAUUUAUAUGGGGGAUACAAUCUUCCCAGCUCUGCAGAUUUUGCUGUGAAGAGACAGAAUCAUUAGAUCAUUUGUUUUGGUUCUGUCCAUUUGUAGCUUGUUUUUGGACACAGGUCCAGGAAUGGCUAAAGAAUUGCAAUAUUUACCUGGAGCUAACCUUGCAGAUAGCAUUAUUGGGUGAUCUGAAAAGUCAUAGUCAAUCGAUCAAUAAUAUAAUAAUACUUUUAGCAAAAAAAAUUAUUUUUUAUUCACAAUCUGUAGAAGCAAUGAGAAUAGAAAGGUUCAGAACUUUUGUAAAACAUCACAGUACGGUUGAAAUAUAUAUGGCAAAUAGAAAUCCUAUAUGGAUGGUGUUAAGAGAUAGAUGGGAGGUAUUGAAUAGAGUUGAAGGAUGGGACUAAUAACAAAUAACAACAAAUAAUAACAAAGAUAGCUAAUAAUGUAAGCGUACUGUGUCCAUAAUAAGUAUAUAGGUUGUAUGUUGGGAUCUUUUGGGAAAGAGCACAGUUAGAAAGAUAUGGCAUAUAGAAGCAAACCGGAUGGACAUCAUGAAAAUGAUCGGAGAGGUUGAGAGUAGAAGAAGUUCAGGAGCAAAAUAUAUAUAUAUAUAUAUAUAAUAUAAUUAUUGUAAAAUUAACUGUGUCCAUAAGGUGUAGAUAGUAAGUAUAGACCGGAAGUAGAGGCCUGGGCAUUGUUGUUCACUAAUUUACUCCAAGUAGGGAAAGGAUGGCGGGGUUGAAAAGUAAUAAAGGGGAGUAUAUAUAUAAAAAACAUGGGGGAUUGGAAGUGAUGCAGACAAUUACAUUGAUAGAAGAUACAAUCUAUCUGCAAUAUUAAGCUGAUCCAUCCCCCCAAAGGAAAAAAAAAUAAAAAAGGAAAAAAUAAAUAAAAUAAAAUAAAAGCUGAAAAAAUUAUUUCUCUCUACUAUUAUUCUGACAUUUCACAUUCUUAAAAUAAAGUGGUGAUCCUAACUGACCUAAGACAGGGAAUGUUUAUUAGGAUUAAAUGUCAGGAAUUGUGAAAAACUGAGUUUAAAUGUAUUUGGCUAAGGUGAAUGUAAACUUCUGACUUCAACUGUAUAUAUAUUUAUAUUUAUUUUUUAUUAUAUUAUUAGGCUUGGUUAAACUGUAUGAACCACAAGCAUCAGUGUUGUAAAUGUGACACCACAACAGUUCUGUGUUUUGAAUAAAGAGAUGUUCUGUGGAGCAACAGUGGAGGCCCACUGUUGGGUCAUGACUAAUUCACUUAUGGUUAUCUUCUGAAGGGUAGGUUGACUGUUUUUGUGUAUUCGGUGUGUCACAAGAAAAAGGUGUCUCUUUUUUAAUAUUUUGGGGGAUUUUAACACAUUUGUUUCUCUCCAGAGUGUCCUGUCUAAAUGAGGAGCUGGUCUCUCUACGGCUCCAGUGCUCCAGCAUCUACAGGAAGGGCCACUUCUCCCCAGUGAUGGGGGGAGACCGGACGGCCCCGCGGGGGAGCGACAGUGGUUUCUCCCUGUCCACGGGGGCCCAGACCCUGCUGGGGGCAGUGGGGGUGAUGGGGUCAGCCCUGCUCAGGAGACCCAUGUCCCGCUCUCAGCUGGUGGCAAUGUCAUCCUCGGAGGACGAGGGGAGUCUCCGGUUCAUCUAUGAGCUCCUGGGAUGGGUGGAGGAGACACAGGUAAGAAAGAAGGGGUGUAGGUAGAUGGAGGGGAGGGGGAUGGAGAGAUGGAGGGAGGGGGAUUGAUAGUUGGAGGGAGGGAGCUGGGGAGGGAGGGAGGGAUGGAUGGACGGGAAAAGGGAUCCAUGAGUAGAACUGAUUGUGUAUGUGUGUUAGGACAUUCUGGAGCGUGCAGAGUGGGGGGCAGACCUGCCCUCUGUAGAGCAGAACCUCCAGGACCACCACAACAUCCACACUGCCGCGGAGGAUCUACUGCACAGCCUGAAGGAGGCACGGAACUACCAGGUACGUGCGCACGUGAAAACACGCACGCACACUAAUACAUUCUAAAACACACAUUCUUAGACACUUCAACAUCCACUGUACAUGCUAAUACAUAUACUGUAAGUAGACAUUAACAUACACUGAAAAGACCUGUGCAUAUAACAUGACACUCACAAACCUAGUAGAAAGACACCGAUAAUGCUUUAUUAAGGCUUUCUCAUCUCUUCCUCCUCAGACGAAAGUGUCUCGUAACUUCAGGAGCAGUUAUUCUGACACUCUGGCCAAGCUCGAGCACCAAUACUGCAAACUGCUGGUGAGUGGGAGGACUUUUUUCGUCUGUGAAUGUGUCUGAAUGUGUUUAUGUAGGGUGUGUGUGUGUGUGUGUGCACCCCAUUGUUUCCCAGUGUGCCCACAUUCUCAGUUAAUCCCAUCAGGGUGUGACUGAGCUAGCUAAAUGCUCAGAGAAGCUAGCGAGCGUUAAGCAAGACAGAGUGCAGCCUUCAGAAGCACCAGCUUCUACCAUAUAGCCCCUUGAUCAGCCCUGAAGAAAUAAAUGGAUUCUCCACAGCAGGGAGUUCACGUGUGUGUGUGUGUGUGUGAGAGAGAGAGAGAAUGUGUUUGCCUCUGAAAUAACCUAAAACUCCUCGUAAAUGUGUAUAGAGUUAAUACCUAGUAACAUUACUUCAUCCCAUCCUGUCUUCACAGGAAAACUCAUCAUGGCGUCUGCGCUGCCUGGAGAGCCUGCAUGCGUUUGUGUGUCGCUGUACAGAGGAACUGAUCUGGCUCAACGAGAGAGAAGAGGAGGAACUGGCCUACGACUGGAGCCACAACAAUACCAACGUCAACGCCAAGAAAGAACUAUACGCCGUGAGUGGACAGGGAUAGAUACACCACAUACACACACACACACACACACACACACACACACACACACACACAGAAUACACAUUUUGUAGACCGUUUUACACAGAUAUUCCCCUGUGUGCGCUUCUGAAUGCUCUGUCAUCCUCUCUCAGGAAAUGAGGUCAGAGCUGGAGGAGAAACAGGAAGUGAUGCAUUCUCUGCAGGAAACAGCUGACCGUCUCUGUCAGGAGAACCACCCGGCCAAACAGACAGUGGAGGUGAGGUUGCCUAGCAACAAAGCCGUUCAAGGGCCUUUCAAAAUAUUGGCUUUCCAUCUACGGUACUUGUCAGUACAAACAGUGCUGCAAUCGAUGUUCCCCUGAAAAUAAGAUUGUCAGUAUAUUUUGUAGUUAAUGUUUGGGCUGUAGAGCUUAUGUGAUUCAAAUAAGGAGCUUGAGAAAUGCAUAUUCAGGAAGCAACACAUGGACUACCCUAACAUUCACCCCCCCCCCCCCCCCCCCCCCUGCCCUUCCAUUUCCCCAGGCGUACAGUGCAGCGCUGCAGACCCAGUGGCAGUGGGUGCGUCAGCUGUGUGUGUGUGUGGAGCAGCACCUCAAAGACAAUACUGCCUACUUCCAGGUAGGAGAUUUGAGCAAAGCUUAGCCCAAGUCCCUUUAACACAUUAUAUCUUAUACUAUUACAGUAUACCUGUAAUACCCAUCUGGUCCGUUACACAAUGUCAAUUGUUUGUUGCUUUUCACGUAGACACCGUCAUAAAAGAUCAAGAUGAAAUGAAAUGUACUUUAAUUGCCUACAUUUAGUUAGUCUAUUUACUAACUAUCUAUGUUUUGACUUGCCCUUAAUUGGGAGUGUAAAGCUAUUUAAUCAUCUAAAACCUUGCAUGAAAGGUUCAAUAAAAAGAGCUGGAAUACUAGAUAAAGUAUUGGAUAUCUCAUAGGGUCGUGCAGCUGUGGAUGGAUUAUAUAUAAGCCCCUAUGCUAAUCUCUGUGUUUUACAUUGUUAUUGCCUCCUGUCAGUUUGUGAGUGACGCACGGGACUGCGAGACGUACCUGCGUCAGCUACAGGACACCAUAAAGAGACAGUACACUUGUGACAAGAACAGCAGGCUGGGCAAGCUGGAGGACCUGCUACAAGACUCUAUGGUACAUUCACUUAUUAUUCACAAGACUCUAUGGUACAUUCACUUAUUAUUCACAAGAGUCUAUGUUACUUAUGGUGCUGUUGGAUCAAACGCACUCAAACUUGUUAAACCAAACCUGAUCAAAUGCACCUCAAUUCCUCCACAAAUUCGUCAAAACACCUACAUUCCUGCUAAUUCCUCUACUAUUGCAUGUGACCUAUUUAGCCAAACAGAGUUGGCUCUAAUCAUUUAGGGAUCUGCCAGUGAAAAGCUUAGGCACAUGAUUAUAGCUUAUCCACAUUUAAGACAAUAAGCUACCGGUAACUGCCAAAAUAAAGGAAAUACAAUAUAAAGUGUCUUAAUAGGGUGUUGGGCCACCACGAGCCAGAACAGCUUCAAUGCACCUUGGCAUAGAUUCUACAAGUGUCUGGAACUCUAUUGGAGGGAUGCGACACCAUUCUUCCUAGAAAACGCUGUUUCAGGCACCCCAGAAUCUUCCAUAAGUAUUCAAUUGGGUAGAGAUCUGGUAACUGAGACACACACACACACACACAGAGCAUAUGUUUUACUGUCCUUGUGGGGGCCUAAAAUUGAUUUCCAUUCAAAAUCCUAUUUUCCCUAACCUUAACCCCUAACCCUAAACAUAACCCCUAACCCUAAUUGUAAACCUAACCCCUAAGCCUAAAAUAGCCUUUGUCCUAAUGGGGACCGGUGAAAUGUCCUCAUGAGGAAGAAUUUUGUUGAGACUUUGGGGAUUUCCGGUAUCCACAAGGAUAGUAAUACAACCCCCUAUGCUCCUUUGAGACCCCCUUUCAAAGUCAUUGAGAACUCUUCUUCUAGCCAUGGUAGCCAAAAUAAUGGGCAACUGGGCAUUUUUAUCUAUGACCCUAAUCAUGAUGGGAUGUUUCAGUUUCAAUAACUCAGGAACCACACCUGUGUGGAAGCACCGGCUUUCGCUAAACUUUGUAUCCGUCAUUUACUCGUGUUUCCAUUAUUUUGGCAGUUAACUGUACAUCACAUUGACACUCCUGACUCAUUUAGUAACAGUAUCUACUGCUAGCUAACAACUACAGUGUUAGCUACAGCAGUAGCAUGAGGCUAAUGUCAUGUUAAUACUGUACCCGUUAGCUAGCUACCUCAUCUAGUCCCACAGCUGCUUUAGGCUGUCUCAGUCUAGCGAGCGCUAAUCUAUUCUAGUGUACCUUUGCUGAUUCACGGCCCCUGUGGCGCAUAGCCACUCUGCCACUGCCAUGCCCACCUGACACACAACAGAUGGCAAACUGGGAGCGGGCACGGCUCCACGGGCCUGAGCACUGUGAGCAGCGGGCAUAUCCUCUCUGGGCAUAGAGAUGAGAGGGUGACAUGUUUACACUGAUACAAAAUAUUUUGAAAGUAUGACUACGUGGUUUAUAUCGAGGAGGGAAUGGAUGGUCACUCAGGAUAUAUACAUGUAGAUGUGUUUUGCUGCGGUCAUGAGUGUUUUUGUUUGUUUGUUGUGUCUCUGUGUGCUAGCCUAAUUUCAAGAUACCAAAUUAUAAGCACAUCGCUGCGCUCAGUUUGAGCCAGCAUGCGUGUGUUUGGUGUGAAAGGGGGUAUUAAGCGCUGGGCGGUUGAUUAAAUUUCCAGUGCCAUAUGUGUUCUAGUGUGUGCGUGUUCUAACUGGGGGAAGAUUAAACAGGACUUUGACAGAUGCCUCAAUCGCUGUAUUCCAUAAAAACAACCACAAAAGCCCUUUAUUAGACAGACGCAAUGCCUUUAUGAUUGGCUAACUAAUGAAGAUACAGUACCUCUACCCAUUUUACUCACAAUUCAUACAUUCUUUCGAAUAAUACAAGGCUUAAGGCACUGGGAGAGCUAAGGGCCAGAGUGAGGGAAGCACUAAUAUGCUAAUAGCAUUACACUUCAGAGUUGAAUUUUCAAUGUUAAUUCGGCCUGUGUGAAAUUCAGCUCUGAAGUGUAAUGCUAUUAGCAUAUUAGUGCUUCUCUCACUCUGGGUCUUAGCUCUCCAAGUGCCUUAAGCCUUUAAACUUUAAUGAAGCUUUCUGUCAGGAAGUUAGUCCAUAUUAAUGUAUUUCUACAUGCCACCAUGAGGAGUUAAGCUAACACCUUUUUAAUGUUUAAUGGCUAGCUUAAAUGCUAGUGCUGAGUUAGUUAGCAAACAUUGUCACAGUGUCACCAAUUGGUGAUUGUAAGCUAAGCUAAUGGGCCCUAUUGCUAUGCUAUUGAGCUGAGGAGAAAUUCCUGCUGUACAUGAUACAUUGUGGUACUGUGGAGUUCAAUGUAAUCAAUAUGUAUGGAAAUGAAAGUAAAAUAAUAGGAAAUGGACUAAAGAUUGAAAGGGAUAUUUUAUCAUGUAAGACUAGACCUAUAGAUCUAACACAGUAUUACAAAAGCUUACCGCUUUACUGACUGACUGACGGAUUGAUUGGUUAAUUGACACCCUCACUGACCAAUGGCUGUACCCUACAGGAGGAGAAGGAGCAGCUGAUUGAGUACCGCAGCUCUGUGGCCAGCCUGGUGGGCCGGGCCAAGACGGUGGUGCAGCUCCUCCCCCGCAGCGCCGAGAGCACCCUGGGAAGCACCACACCCAUCCGUGCAAUCUGUGACUACCAGCAGAUAGAGGUUCGGCACCCCUCACCACACCCACACUAUCAUGACAAUACCAGUUUCCUGUUCAUUAGGCACCAAACUGAGAAAAACAGACUCACACAAGGAGAGACUGCGUGGACUUGUCUCUCCCCCCCCCCAAAAAAAAUACCAUUUUCAUUUUCUGUUGCAGAACAUUUUGAAAACGUUUUCUGUUAUGUGCCCUAGUGAAUACGACCCAGCUCACUUUACCCUACUUCACUGAACUGUAUUCUUCUGCCAAUUGUUCAGUCUCUACCCUGCACAACCCCUCUCAGCCCCACCUAUACCUUAGCAAUCCAAUAUGGUGCAUUUUCAAUCAGCUGUCAUCAUUGGCUGCUUUCGCCAUGCCAUUGUUGGUAUAUAGACCCAGUUCAUUUGUCAGCUAAAAAAACAUGUUUUCAAUAGUUGUUUCAAUAGCAUUUAUUAUUCAACUAUGAAUUUAAACUGUGACCCCCACAUAGGGUUUUACAUUUCCAGUGUUGAUUGUAAGAUUGCUGCAUUAGAGCUGUUGAAAUGUUGUUGUUGCAGCCUAGUAGGGCCACUACACGUCACUAGAUAUCAUUAUGCUUCUUGAGAACAGAUAAAAUGUCAGAUUUAGGCAGAAUGGGCUCAAUUAAACUUAGUAUUCGUAAUCAUGUUUUUGACUCAUCUUCUACUCAAUAUUUUUCAUAGGGAUAUUCAAAUGGCCUUUCUUAACGGGUCAACUUUAUUGCUUUUCCAUUAUAUCAUAAUGGAAAGGCAACACUCGUUAAUAAUCCCCUGAAAUAGCCCAUGGUAGCCACUCCAAAGUCUAGUAAUGAUUAAUGAGGAGAAGAGAAUUCCAUUUGGCCACUGACACCCCACUCACCUCACACUCACAUGUGAAGCCUCUCUAUUGCCCGGCCCAAAGUGCUGUGUGAUGCUAGCAGAGAAGCUAAAAGCUAUGAAUUAUGAAUUUCUCCCACCUGUGCAGACUCAGGCAAAAAUCUGAAAAUCUGCAUUUCCACUCCUGUAGUGUUGCAUAGGGACAGGAGGUGGCUCAGAGACAGCUAUUUUAGUUUUGCUGUGUGAGUCUCUCUGGGACUGAGACGGUUUGCCCAGUUAGGCGUGUGCAAGGUAUCAUGACAUUCUUGUCAGGUGGAGGUGCAGUGAUCACUGCAGGGGGGGGUGUCUCAAUAGUCUUGAGUGGCUUCCUCUACUCUCCUUUCCUUCAUCUGCACCUACUAGAAACAUACACACACUUUUAGAUUGCCACCAACUACGGGCCCCUUUAAAGAAAACGCACAACCCGGUCUAAAUGACACUAUCCCAAAAUAAUCUUUCUCUCCUAUGUCUUCUCCUUUCUCUCCAUCCUACCGUUUCCCAUUCCUGCCCUCUAUCUCUCCCUCACUCCUGCGUCUCUUCCUCUUUCUCCGUUCUUCUCGUGUGUCCGCUGGGCUGUCAAGGCUAACAUUCAGGUAUUACUGCCAAUGUUCUCCUCUCACCUCAGUGCUCAGCUCUAACACGGCACACCGAAUACCCCCUGGUUACUCUACGCUCUUAUCGACUGAUUUAGGAUCAGUUUUUCUUUAUCUCGGUUGUAUUUACGACCUAUAUGAGCUAAAGGUCCAGCUCAGUUGGUAAGGGUAUGAAGUAACCGCACGACUGAACACAGUAUCCCAGCUUAUUCAGUCAGUGAGACUAUUUUAGGCGCAGUCGUAAGCUUUUCUGUACAUUUACUUUGCAUUAUUUCUGUGUGUGUGCGGGGGAUGGGGUGAGAGGGGGGUGGGGCAGGGGGUGUUUUAGAUGCACAGACCUCGAUUUGCUGCGCUAUAUAUUAUUAUUAUUAUUAUUAUUAUUAUUUUAUUUGGAUUAUUUUUUACUUCGGGACCACACCGUACUAUGCCAAAUUGAAUCUCUUACUGCCCUAGCGCUCUGUAUUUGUUGGCCAGAUGUCAACAAAUAUUGUAAUGAGUGUGGGCACAUGUAGCCAUUUUCAGUCCAAGGGAUACUGUUAUAGUCCCAUGGUUCUUAAAUGGCUGCUCUAUUCAACAUGGCACCGUGGUUUAGUUUCUCUUUCAGUUGUUAGGGCUUUUGCUAACCACAUUAAACCCAUGAACAUCUGCAUUUGGUUUGUAUUAUUUGUUUGUUGCCGUAAAACUUAAUUUUUCCAUUUGUUUUCCCUCUCCCUCCCCUUCUCUCUAUAUCUAUACAUCUUCCUCUCCCAAUCUUUUCACCUCCUCAACUGUCCACAUCUCUCCAUAUCUUUCUUCAUCGAUCCCCCCAUCUCUUCUCUCCUAAUAUCUCUCCCAUCCUCUCCUCAUCUCUCCAUCUGUAUCUCAUCCUCUCCUCAUCUCUCCAUCUGUAUCUCAUCCUCUCCUCAUCUCUCCAUCUGUAUCUCAUCCUCUCCUCAUCUCUCCAUCUGUAUCAUCCCUCUUUUUCGUCUUCCUUCCCAUCUCUCUCCUCCAACUCUCUCCCCGCACUCUCUCACCCUCUCUCUCCACCUCCCUCCCUCCCUCACUCCCUCCUGUAGAUCACCAUCAGCCGAGGUGAGGAGUGUGUGUUGGAGGACAACUCUCAGAGGACUAAAUGGAAGGUGAUCAGCCCCAGUGGGAAUGAGGCCAUGGUGCCGUCGGUCUGCUUCACCGUACCACCGCCCAACCAGGAGGCAAUGGACACCGCCGGCAGGUACACACACACAUAGUACAUACACACACAUAAUAAUAAUAAUAAUAAUAAUAAUAAUAUGCCAUUUAGCAGGCGCUUUUAUCCAAAGCGACUUACAGUCAUGCGGGCAUACAUUUUUGUGUAUGGGUGGUCCCGGGGAUCGAACCCACUACCCUGGCGUUACAAGCGCCGGGCUCUACCAGCUGAGCUACAGAGGACCACGAACGUGUGCACACACACACACAUAGACACACACACAUUCACAUAUUCAUAUAAACAUAUGCACACACGAACAGAUCAACACACACACUCACACCUAACCCUGCUGUAUAUUGAAAGUGUUAUUCCAAUAUGUUCUAGAAUGGAGCAGCUGUACCAGAACGUGAUGUCUCUAUGGCACCAGCUACACGUCAACAUGAAGAGUGUGGUCUCCUGGCACUACCUGCAGAAAGACAUCAGGACCGUCUCCUCCUGGAGCCUAGACACGGUUUGAAAUACUGUUUUAGCUCAAUGUGUCAACGUCCAAGUCACAGUACAUCUCUAUGGUUGACAGAAAUAUCUUAUUGCUGUCGAUCUCUCAUGUCUGUCUUUAACCACAUUUAUCUCACAUAGCUGUUCAAUUUCUUAUAGUUUCUUCCAAGCAUAUGUUUCUCUCUCUCGCCCUCUCUCUUUCUCUCUCGCCCUCUCUCUUUCUCUCUCGCCCUCUCUCUUUAUCUCUCGCCCUCUCUCUUUAUCUCUCGCCCUCUCUCUUUAUCUCUCGCCCUCUCUCUUUCUCUCUCGCCCUCUCUCUCUCUCGCCCUCUCUCUCUCUCUCUCGCCCUCUCUCUUUAUCUCUCUUUAUCUCUCGCCCUCUCUCGCCCUCUCUCGCCCUCUCUCGCCCUCUCUCGCCCUCUCUCGCCCUCUCUCUUUCUCUCUCGCCCUCUCUCUUUAUCUCUCGCCCUCUCUCUUUCUCUCUCGCCCUCUCUCGAUUUUCUCAUUCUCUCUUUCUUUCUCUCUCUCAAGCUGAUAUCUCUUAUCUCACAUGACUUACUUUAUGGUGUAAUGUCCCUCUGUUGUCAUAAGUCUUCCUCUUUCCCCUUCAUCUGCUAAUAUGUUCAUAUCGACUUCUUACCUAUUACCUAUGAAUAACGUCUUAAUGCAUGUUAAUUAAUACACAUAUCAACAUCCAUGUUUUUGCACAAUGCACUUUAGGGACCACAGUGGAAAUAAGUAUCUAACUUUAUUGUGCUAUCCCUGUCAUGUUUAAAAAAUGGAUAUACUUUGUGUAUAUAUGCUUUUUUGACUGGCAAAUAAAAUCAAUCAAUCACUACUCUUAAAUUUAGCUGACGUACACCUCUCUCACCCUAACCCCUCAGGUGCGUUCCCAGCCCCCUGUGGAGAGGGACCAGGCACUGGACCACUUGGAGGCCCACCUGGCUGACUUCCUCUCUGACAGCAAAGAGAGCGCCGUCUUCAACCCCACCGAGAGACGCGAGCUGGAGAGAGACGCCCACACUGCGCAGGAGCACUGCCAGGACCUGCUGGUCAACAUGGAGACAGGUAGGUGGACAGAUACGGUGUCUCAGUCCCAAUUCUCCACCCUUUUCCCUGAAGUGUGCACUUGUUCACUACCGUGCUUGGAUUUAAAAGCAGAGGAUUGGUGUUGGAGGCCAUGCUUCCACAAAUCCUUUGGUUUUAAAUGCAUGAGGGGUAGUGCACAUUUCAGGGGAAAGGGUGGGGAAUUGGGAGGCAGUGGGGGGUUUGGUUUACUUUUCUCACAUAUUUACCUAUCUUUACUUGCUUGGUAGUAUUGAGAUUCAUCCAAAUUAUUGAUAGUUCACUAAAAAGACGUAUGUCUGUUUUGCAUGGGGACAGGUAGAUUGAAAGAGUGCAUCUCCUCAAUUACUCGAGUCUUGGCUUCAUCCACAUUUGGGGCAUGAGGGCAACAUUGGGGAUUCUAAUGAAAGGGUUUUGUGAUGGUGCGUUGACCCAAUUAAGUGGGAUGGAAAUUCAAUUAUCUCUCUUGUGUUAUCUCCCCCCUCCCGCUCCCCUCUCUCUGUUUACUCUACCCCUUUCUCCACCCCUUCCUCUCUUUUCUCUUUUCAUCUACUCUCCCACUCUUUCCACCUUCUCUGUCUCGCUCUCUCUCUCUGUCUCGCUCUCUCUCUCUGUCUCGCUCUCUCUCUCUGUCUCGCUCUCUCUCUCUGUCUCGCUCUCUCUCUCUCUCGCGCGCUCUCUCUCUCUGUCUCGCGCUCUCUCUCUGUCUCGCGCUCUCUCUCUGUCUCGCGCUCUCUCUCUGUCUCGCGCUCUCUCUCUGUCUCGCGCUCUCUCUCUCUGUCUCGCGCUCUCUCUCUGUCUCGCGCUCUCUCUCUGUCUCGCGCUCUCUCUCUGUCUCGCUCGCCCUCUCUGUCUCGCUCGCUCGCUCUCUCUGUCUCGCUCGCUCUCUCUCUGUCUCGCUCUCUCUCUCUGUCUCGCUCUCUCUCUCUGUCUCGCUCUCUCUCUCUCUGUCUCGCGCUCUCUCUCUCUGUCUCGCUCUCUCUCUCUCUCUGUCUCGCUCUCUCUCUCUCUGUCUCGCUCUCUCUCUCUCUGUCUCUCUCUCUCUGUCUCGCUCUCUCUCUCUGUCUUGCUCUCUCUCUGUCUCUCUCUCUGUCUCUCUCUCAUCUAGUGGAGAAGGAUGAGUCUGUCUCUCGGUCCUACCUGUCAGAGCUCCAGAACAUUCAACUGCGUCUGGAGGAGGCGGAGCAAAAGCUGAUGCGUGGCAUUCAGACUCUGCCCCCUGGUAACCUAUCGGGCAACCGCGUCGACAACACUGUUCAAAUUGCAGAGCAUGAGGUCAGUAUUGUGCCACAACCCCAUCUGCUGGUCACCAGAGUCCUAGCAGUCUUAUUCAUCUACCAACGAAAAGGGGACCAGCACCAACUUUAUUCAGUUGCUUUCAUUUCCUUUCAUGUUUCAACUUAGUGCUGUAUAAUGAAUAUACAAAUCAAGACUAACCCUUAUUCCCGGUGUCAGAAGCUGCAGUCGGACCUGGAUGGUCUGAGGACCAGUCUUGGUGAGGUGUCGCGGCGCUGUGUGAGUUUCUUUGAGGAGAAACCCACCUCCUCUAGUGUUCCGGUGCUGCGCUCUGAACUCAACCUGGCUGUGGAGAAGAUCGACAGACUACACAACCUCUCCUCUGUCCACCUGCACAAGUAAGGAGGCCAAACACACACACACACACUCAAAGUACUCUCUCUUAACCAAUAUACUAGACUAUGUAUAUUGUGCUUCCACCUUUCUCCCAGGUUGAAGACAGUGGAUGUGCUGAUGCACAGCUUGCAGGCCGCAGAGAGCCAGGUGAAGAGAUACGAGAGCAGGCUGAGUGAGGAGGACAUCGUCCCUGCAGACACCAACGCCAUCCAGGCCCUACAGGAACAACUGGGGGUAAGAGACUGGCAGAUACAAUGAAAGACCAACAUUAAUAUCGCCCCAAAUUCAGAUACUGGCUAGUACAUAAAAAAAGUUAUUAAUGCCCACAUAGACAUUGCAUGGACCAAGAUUAGGAUUUGUUUGGUAGUGAAAGAAGUGUGUCCGUGUACUGAUGUUCUGCGUCCCCCCUCCCCUCCAGAAGUGGCAGUUGGAGCUUGAGGACCAGGAGGGGGUGUUUAGCUCCCUGCGGUCGGAGGUGCAGAAGGCCCGGGAGGCGGGGACUCAGCUGAACAGGCUCCACCCAGAACGCAGCCCGGAGCUGGUGCACUACCAGGAGAGAGCCACCCAGCUCACUGAGAGGUGGGCCGGAGUCAAGAGACAGAUGGACACACGGUGAGUGGUGGUGGAUGGAUGGAUGGAUGGAUGGAUGGAUGGAGUGAAAGUUAGUCAUAUAAUUUUGAUAAAAGUCUUAUGUGAAACUUAAUCCUUACUCAGUAUUUGUACUGUAGGUUUAUGCUUAAAUUAAUAUAGUAUAUCCUUGAUGGGGACAGAUUAAGAAAACCACCAUUCUGGUCAAAUGUGAAAUCGAGAAGUGCAUAGACCAGGGAUCAUCAACUAGAUACCAGCCGCAGGCCAAUUCUUUCUUGAGCGGAUGGUGAGGGGUCCGGAACAUAAUAAGAAAUAAAAAAAUGAGACUGCAAAUUGACCGCAAGAAGCCCAAACAGAUCUAAUAUUGAACUAAAACAUAAUCAUUUCAAACCUUGAUUACAUUUGGGAACAUUGUCCUGCGUAGGGUGCCGUCUUUCGGAUGGGACGUUAAAACAGGUGUCCUGACUCUGUGGUCAUUCAAAAUCCCAUGGCGCUUAUUAUAAGAGUAGGGGUGUUCACCCCGGUGUCAUGGCUAAAUUCCCAACCUUGCCACAUUCCAUCAUGGCCACCUAAUCAUCCCCCUCAUUCCUAAUUGGCAUAUAUCACUCCUCACCUCUCCAACUGAUCGCUGAUGUGUGGUGAGAGUUCUGGCACAAAGAUGGUCGCAUUGCAUCAGAGGUGGGUGCUACACUUUGAUGGUAGGUGAGGGGAAUUUCACCCUACUAUGUAAAGCGCUUUGAGUACCUCAGUAGAAAUGUGCUAUAUAAAUCCAAUCAAUUAUUAUUAUUAUUAUUAUACGAUCACUAUUAUACGAUCUCUCUAUUAUGCGUGGCAAUACUUGGGAAUAGAUUUCUAAAAUUCAAAUCACUUGAUUUGCUCGUGUUUGUACAGUCUUUUAUGUUCAACAAUGAAAAUUCAACAAAAACAUAUAUUUGUAUUUAUUUAUUUUUGCGGGGGGGGGGGGCAAAUAAUACCACCCUUGGGGUCGCCAUGUUGGGGAACCCUGGCAUAGACCCACAUCACUGAUUGGGUACUUUAUUGAAUGGUAUGUGUUUGUGUGUGUGUCUUUCCCCCUUGUGUUCCAGGCGAGCGGAGCUAGAGGCCCUGGGCUCAGUCCUGCAGCAGUACAGAGAUGGUCACUCUGCUCUGAUCCACUGGAUAGAGGAGACCACUGAGAGACAGGAGAACACCCAGCCUGGAAAGACUGACAGCAAAGUCCUGUCUGAACAACUAGCACAACAAACGGUGAGACGGAUGGAUGGGAAGAGACAGAUAGAAAAAGACAGAUCGAUGGAGACUGAAAGACCGACAGAAAGAGAGUGUGAGAAGGACUACACAGUAGAUAGAUAUUGACCCAGCCAUAGAGAAAGUUUAAUAGAAAAAUGCUAAAUGACAAAAAAAAAGAAACAAAAGACUAAUGGCUAUUGAAACUAAUGAAAGGAGCUGGCUGUUAUUGAAUGACUUCUGUAAAUAACAUCUAUUCUUGUCGACCCGAUUCCCUCCUCAGGCAUUAGUAGCCGAGAUCGAAAAGAACCAGACCAAACUGGACGAGUGCCAAACGCACUCCAAACAGUACUGCACCUCUGUCAAGGUACAGUACCACCUCACUUUGUCAUUGUAAUGUAAAGAUACGUUUUUGGAUGAUUGGAAAAGGACCCCUAAGUAAGCAUUUCAAUGUUAGUCUACACCUGUUGUUUACGAACUAUGUGACAAAUAACAUUUCAUUUGAUGUCCAAAAAUAUGAUGAUUCAUGCUAGGUGUUUUUCGCAAGUCAUACAUUUUAAAUUGAGUUGGGCUACAAGGUGUACUGGAUACCCAAUUUCCACACUAAAUGUACUAUACCAAUACAACAACAAAAAAUUACAAAAAUCAGUUCGUUGUAACGAAGUUACACGUAUCCAUGUGUCCAUCAGGACUAUGAGCUGCAGCUGAUGACAUUCAGAGCCUUUGUGGAGUCGACCCAGAAAUCUACUGUGAAGAGGAGGAGGAUGCACUCUUCAUCAGACGCCAUCACACAGGAGGUAAGGAGAGGGAGACGAUCGUCACAAUGUAAUGUGGCUAAUGUUUUUAUAGAAAUAUGUGUCAAUAUCAUUGUGUGAAGCCAAAAGCCAAAAUAUUGAUUUGCCAUUCCAGUUCAUGGAUAUGCGCACACGCUACACAGCCCUGGUUACCUUGACGACGCAACACGUCAAGUACAUCAGCGAUGCACUGAGAAGACUAGAGGAAGAAGAGGUAUGUCUCGCUCUUUUUUUUCAUUCUCUCUGUUCUGGUUUCUUCAACCUUCCUCUGUGUUGGUGGGAUUUAUUAUCUAUACCGCCAAUACAUUUCUAUCACGGUGACAUGAUCCCUGAACCCCCCCCCCCCCAGAAAGAGGUGGAGGAGGAGAGGCAGCAGAGAGUAAGCCAGGUGUCAGAGCUGCUGGGCUGGGUCAAAGGCCUUCAGGGCCCCUCCGCCGAGUCAUCCAUCACAGCGCAGCAGGUACAGAAAUAUUAAAUGCAUUUAGUAUAUUAUGGAAUUACAUUUUAUGCAUCUACUGUCUUUCUUCUACCACACUCUCUUAGCCUAUAAAAGAAAAAUACCAGUGUUUAUCACUUUGUUUUAAUCAUUUGAGUUGUGUUUAUAGGCCGUCAGUGAGCAGUUAGCGGCUAAGAAGGAGGAGGUGGCUAAGGCUAUCAGGAACACCCAAGUCUUCCUGAUGUCUAAACAGGCCAACAAGUAAGUUCAGAUUUGUCAUACACACAUGCAUACCACUGUAUAAACACACAAAAACUGUAUACUCACUCAUUAACAUCUCACCUUUAUCCACACACCACAUGCAUGUGGCAAGCCCCACCACCACACACACACACACACACACACACACACACAAGUUCAAACUGACAGAAACGUUUGUCCUCUAGGUUGUCCCCAGAGGAACGUGCCCAGGUGACCUCCCAGCUGGAUGAGCUGACGGCCACCUACAGCCAGCUGUGUGACCGUUCCUCUGCCCAACUGCAACAGCUGGAACAAGAGCAGGCCAAAGAGGAGCAGAGAAAGGUAGAGCGGAUGGAGGGAGGGUGACCGGGAAAGCAAGGGAAGAGAGAGGAGAAGGGAGGUUGCGGCUAAAACCAUAAACUCACUUGCGAGUUGCCAAUGCGAGCUUACGAUAUUGCUAUUCAAGUGUGUUGCUCACUGACAAUGUCUGUCUGCCUAUUGUGAAUUUGAGGUUCUGAAAUUGAAUAUUUCCUCGAGCUGAGCGUGUUUGUGUGCAAGCGAGAGUAUGUCGCAUGUUGUGUGUUGCCCGUCACUGUGUGCAUUUUUUGACACCCAUCAUCACCACCAUCAUCCCCCAUACUGAAUGUUGUUGACUCAUAGACUUGGUUUGGUUUAACAGCCAUUUUGUGUAAUUGCAUGGAGUGAGCUCUCCCUCACUUGCACUCAACAACCCGCUUGCAAUCAUGUCACCUAUCAUCAUUGCCAUCACCAUCAUCAUCAAACACAUCUGCUUAAUGGCUAAUCUAUGGCCCCCGAUUGGUAUAGUAGUUGUAGAGCCGAAGAAGUCAUGCUACCAUUUAGCUAUAGUAGCUUUUUGAUAGGAGGUGCGCCAUCAAAGUCCGCCAUCAAAGUCACAAGAUAGUCACCCAUGUUAGAGCACAUUCAGUCACCCUUCCAUAUGCUCCAUAUCACUUCUGAGCACUCAUUUGUAGACAAUAGGUGUGACCCUAAAUUACAAUGGUCAUUUACUGUCCCCACACAUGUUCCGUAGACUACCUUAUGUUUCGUCCAUAAACCUACAAAAGCACAUACCGUAAUUUUCGGACUAUAAGCCGCCCCUUUUUUCCCAUUUUUCGACCCUGCGGCUUAUAUAACGGUGCAGCUAAUCUAUGGAUUUUUACAGCUAACGGCCACUAGAAGACCUCCUAAAUCUAUGGAUUUUACAGGUUACGGUCCACCAACUUUAACUCUAUGGGCUCUAUGACAGGUCCGCGCCCCCCACCUUUAAGCAGCGGGCUCCAGCAGGAAAAGCUGGAGGCCGGAAAUGAGUGAGACAGGUAGCGCGCAAAAGUAAAAGUCGAACCGAGAGUGGUACGAGAGACAGAACGAGAGCAAGACAGACAGACAUUACGAGAGCGAGACAGUUUGUCUCUUUCCCGACAAUCCCCUCUGUGCACGAACCCUUACAUAUGGUAAUUAAACAUUAAAACACCUGCGGCUUAUAGUCCAGUGCGGCUUAUAUAUGUACACAUCAUUCAAUUUAGCUGCUGCGGAUUAUACUCCGGUGCGCCUUAUAGUGCGGAAAAUACGGUACAUAUACUCUUCAUAAACACAUGCACAUAUUCGUUCACAUAGUCGAAAUCCAACCACACUGUCAUGUCCCCCCAUAUACAUCAGUCCAAAUGUGAUUGUAUGCGUGUGAGCAUGUACCGUGACGUACAGAGUGUAUCAGUGAUAUACUGUAUGAGAGUGAAUAAUGAGUGUGUUGGUGUGUGCGUGUAAAUUCCCACCCACAAGGGUUUUUUCUAUGAAUGGGGUGUGGUUUUAUGGGGAGUUCUAUACACUCAAGAAAAAUGUACACACGUUGCAUCAAAGCACUUGUCAGAGAAGAAUGUCGAACUGCCAGUGUUGGUGUAGUGUGAGCAUCAGAGGCCAGCUACGCAAACCCCCUCUUCACCGUUUGAGCAUGAUGUGUCCAGAUCAGUGUGUCUGUGAGCGUGGGUGUAUAUGUUUGUGCCGUCUAAUGCAUUAAUGUGUGAAAUAAUCAGCAUUUUGCUUCAAAAUCACUAACAGCUGCCAGAAGAGAAUCAAGGACAUCCAGCUCUGAGCAAAGCAUUAGAGGGACUGAAGUUAGGCCAAGUCAGUAUGAUGCAGAAUCCUAUUAUCUAUAUUUAAAUUGAGCUAUUAUAUGUAUUCUGUUACUUAGCCAGUGAGCAAAGAAUCAGUAAGUCAGAUUUGAGAAAAUCCUUUUGUAAUGAGCCAGUGAACCGUAGUCCAAGGUAAAUUAUGCCUCUCAGCCAUAGCUAGUGAAUGGUCCAAAGCCUAUGGAGUCUAUAGUAUAGUGAGUCUAUUGAAAUGGAGUGUCAGUCAGGUGAGUCAGGGCCAUCCAGGCAGCGCCUCAGGUAGAUGGCAUGCAGAAUCCUAACACCAAGCUUCUCAUCUGUCGCUCCUCAAUCUGCCGAGCCCUCGGCCUGUUAGUGUGUGUGCAUCACGGGCCAGCCCCGUACGGUAAGUAGUGCUCGCUUUCUCUUACUGUUGCUUCCGAUCUGACCUGCCUUUUCUAGCUGUAUCUUCUUCUCUAUGUUCUGUUCUUCUCUCCUUCCUUUGCGGUUUUCUUUACCUCCCUUAUGGAGGUUUCGUGGUAUAUGGGUUUUCUGCAUUUCUGUUCGCUAUGUAGCAUGCUUAGUGCAUUGUAAAACAGAGGUAAGUGUUCUUGUGCCAUGACGAAAGAGAAAUAAUGUGGGUACAUGCGGGGAUACAAGUAAAAAUAAUAAUAAAAAUAAAAAGAUUAAUACUAUAUCAAAUCAUAUUGUAUCUAUUGAAAUAUGCUUUUAUCACCAUAAUUAUGUUGAAAUAAUUAUUAUGACUCUUGGGUGAAGGGUUAUUUUUUCUUGCUGGAUACUUACGGCCUAUGGGUUCCUCAGCAAAGUACUCAUCAGACUGUUAAGCAAAGUGUGUAAGUAGAAGGAAGUUCAAAUAUUCACUUUCUUUGUUUCUCUUCACAGAGCCAAGCUGCCAUUGGCGGAGUUAUUGACCUGGGCACCAUGGAAACCGUCCCAGUCUUCCAAGCUGCACAGCGUGGCCUCAUUGAUCAGGACACCUGCCAUGUCUUAUUGGAGGCCCAGCUCACCAUGGGCGGGUUGUUUCAGCCUGUCUCCCCUGUGAGCCUAUCACUGGAAGAGGGCCUCAACUGUGGCCUGAUUGAUAGUCACAUCAGCCAAUCCCUAUCAGAGCUGGAAAGUGCCUUGCAUCUUGUCGACCAGACAGAACAACUGGAGGGCCAGCUCCUCCCAGUGGCUGCAGCAAUGGAGGAGGGCCUUAUCAGAGAGGAGUUGGGGCUGCGUAUCCUGGAGCUGCAGAUGAACACAGGAGGCCUGAGGGAGUUAGGAGGAAGAAGACUGACCUUGGAUAGUGCUGGAGAAAUGGGCCUGCUGACUCCAAGGGUCUACACCAAGCUCAGAUCACGAGUCAAUCGGCGGGAGCUCGUUGACCCCAACACAGCUGAAAAGCUGAAUCUGUCUGAACUGCAGCAGCGCUGCGUCCUCAGCGAUGAAACCGGCUUGCAUUUGCUGCCAGUCAAACAGCAGCCAGGAGGCACUGUCUGCCUCCCUUCCGGCAGGAAGGUUGGGAUCUUCCGCGCUGUCCAAGAGAGUCUGAUUGACAGGCAAGUUACAGUGAGAUUGCUGGAGGCCCAGCUAUUUGCUGGUGGGAUCACUGACCCCCGUUCGGGACGCCGGCUGACUGUGGAUGAGGCUGUGCGUCACAAUCUGAUGGACCUGGACCUGGCCUGUGCCAUGCUGACCCGCCAGCUGCAGAGUGGUGGGAUACUAGACCCUGUAAGUGGGGAGCGCCUAGGGGUGGAGGAAGCCAUCCAGAGGGACCUGCUCUCACCUCGUCUUGCUCUGCUGGUGCUCGAGUCCCUCUGGGCUUUUAUGGGAUUGCUCUGGCCUGAGUCAGGGGAGCUGCUGCCAAUUGCAGAGGCUCUACAACAAGGGGUAAUCUCAGGAGAGCUGGCUCGGAACAUCCUGAGACAACGCCACACGAUAGGUGCCCUGUACCUUCCUGAAAUCCCCAAGGUUGUGUCCCUAAAUCAGGCUAAGGAGGUCCUUGAACCCAAAGUGGCUGAGAUUUUGAAGGAGAUUCAGAUCCCAGAUGUGCUACACAACAUGAACCAGUCAGGCUCCCCAAAACUAAAUCGCCUAAGCUGGGGCUCCACUGGGUCAUCCCCUCCCUCCUCACCCCCUGCCUCUUCCCCAGGGCUCACAUGUGACCCCUCAUUCCUGGAGGAGAUGGCCCCUGAGGAGCAGGCACAUCACCGCCUGCUUUUCCAUUUAAUGACCCACAGUUAUAUGGAUUCCCAUUCUGGCCAGCGCUUAGUGUUGCUCGAGCCUGAGCUGGUGGAACUUGUCAAGGCUGCUACUGGUCUGAUCAAUGUGGAUCCUAUACCUGUAGUGGUUGAGGCAGGGUUGAGUUUGACUUCAGAAAGACAGGAGUUUAUGGAAGUAGUGCCAAUUAUACGUUUGGUGGAUAAUCAGCAGACGAGGGAAAUUGGAGAGGUCCAGGAAAGAAGUGCUAUAUUCAGCUUGUCUGAAAUAGAUAUUUCCUCCAGAAAGAUGUUAGAAGAAGCUGAUAGUCAAGGAUGGGAUGGUACAUCUGACAUGAUAUUGCAGGCUAAGCAAACUGGAAUUAAUGAGAUGGGACAGGUAGGCCUUGAGUCAACCAUGAGAAUAAGUGAGGAGGUAGAUGGAGGUGUACAUAGAGAAGUAAAAGGUGAAAAGGAUGAAAUUGUUGUUUUUGAAAGUGUCCAACCCACAGCUGGACUACCGGAAAAGCAAUUCAUUACAGACUCGUAUGAAGAGGGGCUGGUAGAGAUUGAAUCAGAGGGAGCAAGAGAUAGAGGUCACAAAAAGACAAAGGAUAAGGACUCACUCAUGGAAGACAUUGACAGUAGACUUGUAGAAGCCUCAGAAAUGUACUCAGCACCAUUAAAGACCGAGGCAGAGACUCUGAUGCCAACCCAAUCCUUCAAAGAACCUGCUAUCCCACCAUCAGAGACGAAUGAAAAGGAGAGCGUGCCUGUGAGUGUUGGAGUUAAGCAUACUAUGAAGGCUGCUCAGAGGGUCACAGUGAAGACCCAACCCCAGGUUAUGAGUUUAGAGGCAGGAGCGGUGAAGAGUGAGGAGGAAGUUGAGCUGGAAAGGUUGGCCUCAGAGCUUCUGCAAGGGGGUCUACUGACGGAAGGAAGGCAGCGGCUUCUCCCAGAUGAAGCCGUGGCUCAGGGGGUCCUCCCUGGACACACUGCAGUCAAGCUGAUGGCCAAGGCAGGGCUUUUCGGAGGUUUCCUGGAUGUCAGUGCAUGCGAAUCCCUGAGCACGGAGGAUGUGAUGCAGGAGGGUCUGCUUGACGAAGACCUGAUGUGGAGUGUGCUGAAAUCAGAGAAGACCCUGGCAGGGGUAGUGGAUGUAGAGAAGGGGAAGAUUUGUACCCUGAAGGAUGCUGCUCAGGCAGGCCUGAUAGACUCCAACACGGCUGCUCGGCUUCUGGAGGCCCAGGUGGUCUCAGGGGGAGUGGUUGACCUGCUAAGGGACAAGAAAGUGUCUGUUACCCUGGCAGCCAACCUUGGGCUGAUAGAGGAGGACCAAAGAGAGAAGCUAGUUGCGUUGGAGAAAUCAUACCGUGGAAAAUGCUCAGACCCAGAUGCAGCGCUCACCAAAGCAAUGUUGCAGCUGCAAAUGGAUGGGGUUGUAGAUCCCAAAACUAAGUCACCUGUUCCCCUAAAGCAGGCCCUUGAAAGAGGAUUACUUGGGCAGGAGGAAGUCUAUCAAGCCUUGUCCCAGCAAGUUGCGGAGGGUGGCAUCGUGCACCACAACUCUGGAGUUAGACUGUCAGUUGCUGAUGCUUUGCAGCGAGGUCUGAUAGACCGUGCCUUAGCCCCAGAACUGAGGGAGUUAGAGAGAGCAUGUCAGGGGGAGGUAGCCCUCUCUUCAAACCCAGAUGCUGCCCUCCUCCAGGCAUCCACAGGUGCCAUUUUGGACCCUGAUUUAAAGUGUAGACUUACAUUGACAGAGGCUGUCUCCGAUGGUCUGCUCGAUGAGAGCACUGCCAAGAAAGCAAUGGUUUCUCCAGGUAUAACACAAGGUGUGUUGGAUCCACAAAGUGCCCAAAUUGUGCCUUACUCUGACCUUGUAAACCAAGGCAAGAUUGACAUUAAGAGUGGAAAGCGCUUCUUGGAAGUGAAUCCUUUCAAGGGAAUCCAGGAUAAGCAAACAGGUGAAAUCCUAAACUUAGCUAAAGCUAUUGCAUCUCAACAAGUUGAUCCGGUCCCAGCACUCAGAAUGUUGCAGAGCCAGGCAGACUCUGGAGGGAUUAUUGAUAUUUCCGAUGGAGCUAGGCUCCCUCUGCCUAAAGCCUCAAAGAAAGGACUGGUGGGAGAACAUAUGGCCAGGCUCAUUGCCUCCAACCAGGUUCUGAAAGGGGGCUUGCUUGACCCUUCCACAGGGCAGAGAGUCUCUAGCCUGAAAAAAGCUGUCAAAGAUGGGCUUAUAUCCAGAGAAAUGGCUGCAGAACUCCAGGACAACUUGAGCUCCAUGGAAGUAGAAUGUGAUGAUGAGGAUAGUUCAACACCCGUUGCCUCUUCAAAUGGGACCUAUAGUCCUGCAGUCACAUUAUCAAUAUCCAGUCCAGACAGCCAAACCAAAAUCAUUAUUGAAAGCUCUGAAGUGAUUUCUCCAUCCCCACAUCCAGAAGAGUCAGAAAAGGGGUAUAACCCUUUGAUGAUCACAGAGGACAUUGCAAAGACUCUAGAAGCUGGAACAUACAAGCAGUCAGAAGAUCUGCAACACCGUGGCUCUGUUCACAUUGAAGAAGAGAUGGAAGAUGAACAGGUCUCAAUAGCCGGGAAGUCAUUUGAAAUUGAGUCAGACCAGUCAAUCAAUUUGUUGGCUCAGUUUGCAAUCAAUGCAGAGAAAAGGCUUCAUCAGGCCCUUCAGGAGAUGGAGACUCCGCAAGAUGUUACUGUUCGACCACCAGAAAAUGAUAAUAAAAAGGAGUCUAGAUCAGUUUGUGAAAGUAGUUCAGUCAUGCAGCAGGGGCAGUCUGCUAUGGGCAAAGAACCACGGAUGGACUCGACAUGGGCCAUUGGCAGAGAAGGUGGGGAUCAAGAGGGCAGCAUAGAUAUGUCUACCCUAGUUGAGAGAGAUGAAGGGAAGACAAAUGUGGUAGAGAGGGACACAAAGAUUGAGGUCACAGAGAGUGAUGAUCUUGGGCAUGCAUCACCCCCUUCUAAGGAGGUCGUAGGUAAGAGCAAAAAGAAGAGGAAGAAUAAGACGAAAGGAAAAGGGAAGGAGGUUGACAUUGAGCAAAGACCCUCAGAAAAAGCUGAUAUUCUGAAAAUGGAAAACAAAGACCAGAAUGCACAAUCAGAUGGUAAGGAUAAGGGUGUUGAGUCCACCAGAGGUUAUGUUACCCCACAGGAGAAAGAGGAGUCACUUGUGCAAGAUGUUCAAUCUGCCAUCAAAGGUGCAAAGGCACAGACUGUUGAGAGGUUUGGAGAUCCAGAAGAUAUUGGCAAAGUAAGGGAAGGUUCUACAGUUCCACCAGGAGCGAUGGAAGAUGCUCUUGAGGUAGAGAGAGAUGGUACAGAGUACAAGGUCUUCGAGGACCAAUGCUGGGUAGAGAAGAACAAAACGUCUAAGAUACUUAUAGCAUCAGAGAAGGUUGAUCCUGUGACAGAGGAGAGAUCAUCCAUCCAUGAUAGCGUAUCCAUUCAUAAUAGAGUUUCUAAGGAUGAGCAAAAGAGGGAGGGGGCGCAGAUUGUGGAAAAGAGUGAAACAGAUGGGGUGGAGACAGUUUCUCAACAGACUGGACAACAGGAGCAUAAGGAUAGGAAAGAGGUGGAAUUCACGCUGAAAACCACCCCAGCAUCAAAUGACAAAGAGGCCCUUUUACGGAAGGCAAAAGAGAGUAUCCUGAGGAAGGUGUUUGGGCGAGGUGUUAGUGAGAAGCAAGCUGCAGAUGAGCUAGAGGCACUGCGUCAGGGAGUUGGGAAGAAGGAGAGUUUGGUGACAUCUGUAGAGGAAGUUAAGACUGUGGGGAGUCCAGAGGUUUUACCAGAAGAGAGGGAGGGUAAAGGAAUUGACAAGAAGGAAGAAGGAGAAAGAGAGAAAGUUCUGCCUGACCAUUCUAUGAUACCUGUAGCAGCAGAGGAAGUGGAAAAAGCUCAGCCAUAUCAGGCUAAAGAAGGAGCGAAAGAGGAGAAGGCUCUACCAGACCAGGCUAAAAAAGGAGAGAAAGGGGAGAAGGCUCUACCAGGCCAGGCUAAAAAAGGAGAGAAAGGGGAGAAGGCUCUACCAGACCAGGCUAAAGAAGGAGAGAAAGGGGAGAAGGCUCUACCAGACCAGGCUAAAAAAGGAGAGAAAGGGGAGAAGGCUCUACCAGACCAGGCUAAAAAAGGAGAGAAAGGGGAGAAGGCUCUACCAGACCAGGCUAAAAAAGGAGAGAAAGGGGAGAAGGCUCUACCAGACCAGGCUAAAAAAGGAGAGAAAGGGGAGAAGGCUCUACCAGGCCAGGCUAAAAAAGGAGAGAAAGAGGAGAAGGCUCUACCAGACCAGGCUAAAAAAGGAGAGAAAGGGGAGAAGGCUCUACCAGACCAGGCUAAAAAAGGAGAGAAAGAGGAGAAGGCUCUACCAGACCAGGCUAAAAAAGGAGAGAAAGGGGAGAAGGCUCUACCAGGCCAGGCUAAAAAAGGAGAGAAAGAGGAGAAGGCUCUACCAGACCAGGCUAAAAAAGGAGAGAAAGGGGAGAAGGCUCUACCAGGCCAGGCUAAAAAAGGAGAGAAAGGGGAGAAGGCUCUACCAGACCAGGCUAAAAAAGGAGAGAAAGGGGAGAAGGCUCUACCAGACCAGGCUAAAAAAGGAGAGAAAGGGGAGAAGGCUCUGUUAGACCAGAUUGAAGAAGGAAAGAACAAGGCUAGAUCUCAAACAGACCAGCUUAAAGAGAUGAUGCCGGGAAAUAAAAAUAAGAAGAACAAAAAGUCUAAGAUGCAUAAAGUGUUAGAAAAAGUUGAACCUGCGACAGAGGAGAAACCGUCCAUCCACAAUAGAGCAGAUUCUGAAGUGAAAUCCACACCGGCUGAUCUAGAGAGCUCAGUCUCUGGGGAUGAGCAGAAGAUUGAGAAGCAGCAAGACAAUCAACCAGACAGUGAUGUAACAACAGUGGCAAGUGGUGAUGAGAUGAACAAAAUGGCUGCCUCUACCAAGAGUCCUAGUGGAGUUGACACCAAUCAACAAAGAUCAACCCACACCACUGCACCAUACCAAAUCAAUGCACAUCUUGAGGAGAAAACUGAGGACAUUUCUUUGGGGAGAGAAACUGAUCCACAUGGCAAGGACAUUGAACAAUUUAGGAUUGGUACACCUGAGAAGGAUGUCCACCCAGACACCCAUUGUAUUAUUGACAUUGUGGAUGCCUCUCCUGAAGCCCUUGUAUCCAUGUCAGGCGCCCAUCUGGUCAAGGCCUCUGUGGCUCCAUGUACCCAGACUGCUAAGCCCACAGAGGAAACUGAUGCACAUCUGGUGAAAGAUACUGAGGAGGACAGGUCUCUGAGCAAACAAACUGAUCCACUUGGCAAGGACAUUGAACAACUAAUAAUUAGUAUACCUGAGGAGGCCUCUGUGGCACCUGAUACCCAGCCAGCUAAAACUACUGGCAAAGGGAAGAAAAAGAAACAGCAGCAAGAACAACAACAGCAGGAGCAGAAACGUGACAGUCCCACUGAAACUGAGUGUAAAGAAGAACAGUACCUUGAGGAUUCCACAGAAUCAGGACAGUCCUGGUCUGAUGAGACCCCACAGUCUGAUGAGAUUGUUGAAUCUGAUACAACAGAGGUACCCGAAUCUGAUACAACAGAGAGCUGGGAGGAGGGUGAAAUACAAGAAUUGGAGAUAAGGAAAGAGAAGAGCCCAGCUAAGACGGGAAAGGUAAGCAAUUGAUGCAUUUAGUAGGUGAAAAGCAAAUUGUCUCUACUUGAUCAUACAUUAUCUGAAUUGUGUAACCCAAUAAUAAGCUGUCAAAUGUCUAUUUUUAUUGGAAAAUUGCCAUCCAGACUGAUGCUUAUCUGACAUUCCCUUUCCAUCAGUCCUCGUUGCUCCGCCAGGAAUUCCUGGAACAUGACCAGCAAAUUGUGGCUCUGCUCUCUAUGGUGAGACACAUCGAGGUUCGCCUCAAGCAACAGCAGCAACAGUCGAUUGGUCGCAGCCUCAUUGCCCUUGAUGACAUCAUCAAACAGACAGAGGUAAGAUAUUUAGUACCUGAAAAUGUAUGAUCUAUGAUGUUACCACAAUAGAAAUCUUAUGUUUCAAAAUUGACCAACCUUUCUAUUAUCUCAGACCUUGGAUCUAGAACUUCGGGAUUUAGAAUCCCAGGUCAAAAAGGAAGUGGAUGCUGCUGGGCAGCUGCUUGAGCCCCGCCCACAGGAAGUACCACCUCAGCUACUAUUGGCCUUGGAGAAGGAUGGGCGAAGCUUAGCUCGAGGUUACGAAACUGCCAGAGGGGUUUCUGAAAACAUCCUGCAGGGGCUGUGCGCACACAGAGAGGCACAUAAGGUAAUGGUAUAGUGGAUUGAAAUAUGAGAUCUGUGUGUUUUUGGUGUUUAAUCCACUAUUGCACCCUUUGCUAAUCAGUGCUGUUUGUUUCUCUCUCUCAGGAGGCAGUGACUGGAGAACAGAAGUCACUUGGAGGGCGAGUAGAGGAUCUUCUGUUCUGGCUGAAGGAGACUGAGGCACAAAUUACAGGAAUGGAUGGGCAAACCCAGAGCGAGACUCCUUCUCAGUGCACACAACAGCUCCGUCUAUGCAAGGUUACCACACUCACCCUACACUGUUCACAUUUUACUUGUACCCUCUUCUUGUGCACUUUCAAUUGUCCAAUUAUCGACCUAGUUCGGAUUCAGCCUACACUUUGCCUCAUUUCCAGCUAUUCCUCAGAUCAUUCUCUCCUUUCUAUCUCUCUUCCUCAGGAGUUGCAGUCAUCUCUUUCGGCACGCUCCAAUGACGUCAACGCGCUUGCCUUUGACAUCCAGGUGUUCAUCUCAGAGCGGGCUCAGGACCUGGCUCCCGAACAGAGCAGGCAACUCCUGGGGCAGCUACAACAGCUCCAGAGGAGCUUCCACCGAGCCGCUGGCCAAGCCCACGCCAAGACCGACGCCCUCGCCGCCCAGAGAGAGAGGGAGGAGGAGAGGCAGCGCAGACACAAGGAAAAAGAAGAGGAGGAGAAGGAGCGAGAAAGCGAGAGACGGAGUGCGAGGGAGAGAGAGGUUUGCAAAACCGCUGGCUAUGUUCCACAGUCCCAUUGGAGUGGUGGAAUGCAUGUUUAACAUACUCACAUACAUUCAAUCAUCAGUAAUAACAUACUUUACCAUAUAACAUUUGUGGUCAUGCUAUCAUUGUUUAAAUUCUCACUUUCUGUCACAUAUGUUUUGUAACUGGCAAACCCUUAUACCUAUUAUUAAUCAUGUCCAUCAAAGCAAAUAUACCAACUUGAAAAAGAAUAAUUAUUUAACAAAUUUACAAACCACCCAUAUGCCUAAAUGAGGUUUAUCACCUACAUCAGAUUGGCAAAGAACCGCUGCUGCUGCUGUGAAAGCUAACACACAGUAUAGUGACUGGUAUAACAACACGCACCACAGGCUUCGAUGCCCAACGUGUUUUGUCCUCUGCAUGUGUCCCUGUAUAACACCUGUGUGAAUUAACAUGUCUGCCUUGCUCUUCCAGAUUGCCACAGAAGGAAAUACGCUAGUGCCUCCACGGAAAAGGCUAGAGAGUUUUAAAUCAGAGAAGCCUUGCUGUGGUUUGAACGCUUUCCUUUUUCCCCUCCUCUCCCCUAUCGUACGAUAUGGGGAGAAAGGAAAUAAUGCCAAAUGAGGACACCAUUUGUUUGAUUGUCUUUGUGGAUUGUUGUUUUGGCUUGACUGACCUGUUGAUGAUGAUGCUGUUUCUAUAUCUGUAUCUAUCGGUCUGUCUGUCUGUCUGGCUGUGUGAAUUCUGGACACAUCCUGCUCAACGUCUGGCAAAGUGUGCACAAAUGAUAUUAAAGGGUUUAGAAAGAAGCAAGCGUGCACUUAACAGAAGUGUGAAUGGGUGUUGAAGAGAAGUGUUUUCGUGUGCUUCUGCUCAACUGAGUGGAAAACUACAAUAGGUGUUGGAUUUAACGUUAUGGACUGACCACUGUUUAUUAGCAAAACAGGCAAUACUCCUUUUCUCACUCUCUCUUUUUGCUUACAUUUCUCCUUUUCCCUCCAUCCAUCUCUCUUUCUACCUUCAUCUGUGGCUCUCAGGUGGUGCAGCAGCAGAAAGCAGAGUGCUCACAAAAAUUGGAAGGCCUUACGAUGUGGUUGGCUGGAGCUGCCAGUGUGCUGGCCAAUCAAAGAGCGGGAGCAGAGUCAGGUGACGUGAAUGUGCUGCAGCAGAAACAGAGAGAGCUAAAGGUGAGAAACUGUCCGAUUUUCACAUCCAUGUCUCAAGAAAGGAGAACUCACAUGUUGUUUAGUUGCUCCCAGACUUCUAAGGUAGCCAGGUUUUGACCAUGGAAGGUCUCUGAGGAUCCACAGUUAUAGGAACUAGACUACAUUAAAACUGUCAGUGCGUCUUAACAGUGUGCAUAUAUUCUCCUUUCUCUUCACAUGCAAUUUUGUAUUCCCUGCUCCAGAGAAAUAUGCUACACUACCUGUAACCUCUCUAUAUCUGACCCUCUCCAUCCCUCUCUCUCCCUCCCCCCCAGGAAGUACAGAAGGACCUGCAGACCAGAGGCGAGGGCGUGGCGGAGACCGUCCGCUCGGUGGAGGAGUUCCUGGCGGAGCACGGUGACAGCCUGAGUCCAGAGGACAGGGCCAACCUCCAGGGGGCACUCUCCCGUAUGAAGGAGGAGUACAGUGCCCUGACCGACACGGCCCACUCCUCGCUGGCCCAGCUGGACACGGCCAUCUGCACCACCGUCCAACAGAACACACAGAGGGUAAGCCUAAAGUAUCAGCGCUGCUGUCUAACAGUGCACAUAGAGGGUAAAGGGAUACAGGACUUUAGAUCCCCAUUUUACUAUUGUCAACUUUUAGGAACCAAGGUCCAAGUAUUAUAUCUUUAUGGAUAUUGUUUUGAGUAUUGAAAAGAUAAUAUGGAAAUAGCUACAGUUUGGCAAUUAACCCAGAGGAAAAGCUCUUACCUUUUCUGUGUCAAUUAUGAUGAAGGGCCUUUCUUUCCCUGAAUGCACUUUCAUUGGUAGAAAUAUACACUCACCCCGAUCUGUGCUGUUUGGUCAAGUUCUAAUGUGUCCCCUCUAUUUCCUUCCUCUAUAGGCGAAGGCACUAGAGGAGCUGCUGGAGACUCGGGUCCAGAUGGACUCGCUGCUAGAGGAGCUCUCCUCCCUGAACCAGCCUGGGAAGAGAGGGGCUGGCAUGACUGUUACUGACCACCUCUCCUCAUCCUCCUCCACAUCGCCAGAGGGAGGUCUACAAUCACACAGCGACAUGCUCCAGGUCAGACUUCCUCCUUGCUGUUUAUUUACAAAAAGUAAAGUUUGUUCAUGUUGUGGUAUACAAUUAAAUGCACUAUGAAACGUAAUACUGCAGAAAAGGGUUCUAAAACAGCCUUUUUAGGUGCUUGGCACAGGUUAUUGAAUGAUAGUCAGCGUGCAUCCCAAUAGUCUAAGGUGGCUUCCUCUCAUCUCCUUUCCAGACUAUUGAGAUGAACCCUCACUAUUGCUCACUCUUACCCAUUAUGAUCUUUGAUCUUUGACCCCUCUACAGGCAGAGCUCCAGCAGCUCCAAGCCCAGCAGGCCCAGCUGAUGCAGGUGUCCCAGAACGCUCGCUCCCUCCUGGUCCAGCCCGACUCGGCCGUACCAGCCGAGGAGAAACGCCGUCUGCGGGACCAGCUAGACCAGCUCCAGACCCAACACCAGGAGAAGCUGCAGGCUUGCCAGGAGAGGCUGAGGCGCUCGGAGGCCCUAAAGGACGAGCUGGCCAAGUUCCUCCAGGAGCACAGAGGCCUGGGGACCUGGCUGGAACAUAGUGAGGGGGAGCUGUGUUCCUUGGGGGAAGGAGAGACGGACGCACAGGGCCUGAAGGGAAGACUGGAAGAGCACAAGAAGGUACAUGUUGUUUUUUGAUUUUCCUAUACUAGUGUGGGUUAGUGAAAAAGCUACAUUGCAUAGCCAUGGAGAGAUGGUUUACAUUAGCAAGAUGUAAGAAUAAAGGCUUACUGUAACAAUAGUUCAGGGUUUAUAUUGGCAAUAUUCACUCCUAUUGUCAGCUGUAUACACACAGUCAAGACACUGAAGAUGCUAAGUUUACUGUUUCAAACUUUGGAACCAAACACAUUCUUGACUGUAUCAAACUGACCUGGAACCUAUUGUCUUCCAGCUGGCCGAGGAUGUGAUCUGCCACAAGGCAGACCUGCGCUUUGUGUCCAUCUCUGGUCAGAAGGUGCUGGACUCUGUCCAAGGGGCUCUGGAGAAGGUAGGAGGGUCUGACCCAGCCCUGGAGGAGACCAAGCAGCUGGUCACUGACAAGCUACAGGACGCCAACCACCGCUACACCACCCUGCACACCAAGGUGGGUCUCAUAUAAAAUAGGGGGAUUGUAUUCUUCAUUACUACUGUACUUGGUGUACCAAUGCAUACUAGGGGGUUAUAUCCAAAAUGGCAGGGAUUGCGUUGAAAGAUGCACUAUAGUCAGUUAAGGUCCCUAUGAAAUAUAAGCCGUAUUCAUAAUUUUACAUUCUUUUUAUAUAGCUAUAAUAUCUAACAAUCAAUAAUAUUACAGCGAUAACCACUAGUGGGCUGUAUGUAGAGAUAUUGAACAGUACUUUCAUAGUAGAGAUGGUGUCCUGUUCAUCUUUAUUGAUCUAUGCUUACUUUCCCUUGUCUUCCCUCUCCAGUCGUCAGAUCUGGGCGGCCGUCUGUCGGCUCUGUUGGAGCGCUGCCAGCAGUACCAGGACGAGGCUGUGUCGCUCCACACCUGGCUCAGCACCCAGGAACAGAACCAGAGUAUAGUCGGUCCCAGCGGAGAGACAGACACACUGACACUACAGAACACACUGCGGGCCGUACAGGUGAGUGAGAGCAUAGAAAUACCGCAUGUAGCUGGGGUAUGCAAAUGUACUGAAUUAUUUUAUACUGUAUAUACAUGUGACUGAAAGCGGCGACAUUAUCAGCAUCUCAAUCUUUGUGAAGAGAGGUUAGAACACUUCUCUCUGUUUUCGAUUCCCUGCACCUCAACAUUUCUCCUCCUUUUCCCCCCUUCUUUUUCUAUUCUUUUUCUUCCCCCUCUCUCUCUUUGUUCUGUUCAGCUGUUGCAGGAUGAGCUGGCGGAGCGGUCAGUCCAGUUGGAGAAGGUGAGGAGGUCAAGCAGAGAGCUGGCCAACACACAGGAGUCCCCCACUCUCAGAGCUGCCGAGAUCAUCAGCACUGCAGGUACACCAGCUCACAACCAUGUCCAUUGUUCUGCCGUUCAUAACCUUCUAUAUUGUUAUAUGUCUCAUACACUUCCCCAUUAUCAAUUCAUAUCUUAUUCCUCCCUUCCUUCAUAUCCUCAUAGAUCAUGCAGUGUAUCUACAGUAAUGACCAUUUUCUUACUAUCCCUAAUACCCCCAUCUCUGUUGAUGUCUUUAUAUCCAUCCACCUAAACAAAUGAUUCUAUAUCGUCAUGGAGAAAAGUAACCACACUGACAUUCUCUCCUCCUUCCUCUCUCCGUUGUCAGAUGGUCUGGAGAAGAGGUUCAACUCUCUGUCGAAGUCUGUGUCGGAGCGGGCUGAGCAGCUCCAGACGUCCGUAGCCCAGUCGGUCAGUGUCCAGGAGGGGCUGAAGGGCCUGCUAGCCUGGCUGGACGGCCUGCUGCUGACCCCCGGACCCAUCCAACCCACCGCCCAGGCUGUCCAGGACGCCCUCACACAGAAUCAGGUAUCAUAGUAGAAAUACAGGGAGUCUACUAUGGAACAUGGAAUAGCCUGCAGCUGCUAUAAUACAGUUUAUGAGAGUUUUUAAAAUCUAAUUUACAUAGACUAUUAUCUAAAAAAAUUGGCCUUCACAUCUAAUACACAUCUCCACUGUCCACUUUGCAGUUGUGUUACAUGAACUUGUUUUAACCCACUUCCCCUCUGUUCCAGAAACUACGCCAGGAGCUGUUAUCCAGACAGGGCAGUGUGGAGGCCACCUGCGACUCUGUCUCCAAACUGCUCCAGAGCUCUGACGCCUCCACGGCCUCCGGGCUCCAGGGGUCACUAGAGAGCCUGACCCAGCGCUACGCUGCGGCACAGGCCAAGCAGGCCGAGAAGGAGGCUGAGCUCCGGGGGCUCUUGCCCAAGCUGGAGAGCUAUGAGAGACUGAAUACGGACCUGCAGAGUUUUACUCAGACCAGUCUGAGAGCUCUUAGCCCUGCGGGACAGCCUGACCGCAGUGUGGAGGACUACAGACAGACCAUAGAGGUAAGAGGGGUGGGAUGGUAGAUAUUGAUUGAUUUUAUUUUACAGUUUGAAAAAAAUACAUAUACACACAGUACAUAAAUAUUUUAUUUUUUAAGUCAGCCUCCUGAGUGGCGCAGUGGUCUAAGGCACUGCAUCGCAGUGUUGCGGCGUCACUACAGCCUGGGGUUCGAUCCCAGGCUGCUGUGUCACAGCCGGCCGUGACCGGGAGUCCCAUAGGGCGGCGCACAAUUGGCCCAGCAUCGUCCGGGUUAGGGGAGGGUUUGCCCGGGGGGCUUUACUUGGCUCAUCGCCCUCUAGCGACUCUUUGUGGCGGGCCGGGCGCCUGCAAGCUGACUUUGGUAGUCAGUUGAACGGUGUUUCCUCCGACACAUUGGUGCAGCUGGCUUCCGGGUUAAGUGAGCGGGUGUUAAGAUACAGCGCGGCUUGGCGGGUCAUGUUUCGGAGGAUGCAUUACUCAACCUUCGCCUCUCCCGAGCCAGUUGGGGAGUUGCAGCGAUGAAACAAGAUCGUAAUUGGAUCGCAAUUGGAUAUCACGAAAAAGGGGGUAAAAAAAUUAAUUAAGUCUAUGAAUUAUUUAUAUUAUGGUCCCUUAAAGUGUUCCAGAACCAUAGAUAUUAAUGUAAGCAGAGAGGUGAUAUGAGGAUAGAGUUGCAGAACCUUAGAUAUCAGUGUUACAGGCCAUAGAGGUGAGAGGAUGGUGAUGGUUAAUAAUAUUACAGAACCAUAGAUAUCUGUUUGAACAGAGAAGUGAAAGAAGGCAGAGGGACUAUGCUCUAAGAGAUGUCGGGGAGGGUUUGCUACCUUCAGAUAACAUAUCUGUAUCUGCCUUACUACUACAGGAGGUGAGAGCGGAGCAGGAGCAGGAAGCAGGUCAACUGAAGUCAUUCUGCCAGUUGGGGACAGACCUCAGCCAAGCCAAGUCCCUGACCAGCACACAGACCUUACUGGACAACGUCAGAGAGGUUUCCGAUGAGUUCGCCCGACUGGAAUCCAACAUCACUGAAAUGUAAGCAGCACUGCCUCAGAACACACUGAUCCAAAUCCAAUACAAAACCAAGGCCCUGUGCAUAAGCGUUGUAGUUCACUGUAGGUAAGCCCUGCCCUAGAAUAUACAAAGCCAAGACCAAUACGUCAGAAUCGAUGAAAGAUCUCUAGGUGCACAUAGGCUUGUAGUGCAGCAUCAUUCCCACUAGGGGGAGAUGGAUACAGCACAAUAAGACCAUACACUGUCACAUUACUGCCACCAUUACAGUCUGAAAUAUGACACUCAUGACAUUUCUCUUCAUUUUCAUUUUAGUCAUUUAGCAGACGCUCUUAUCCAGAGCGACUUAAAAAUACAGGAGUAAUUAGGGUUAAGUGCCUUGCUUAAGGUCACAUCGAAAUAUUUUUUACAUAGUCGGCUCGGGGAUUAGAACCAGCGACCUUUCGGUUACUGGCACAACGCUCUUACCCACUAAGCUACCUGCCGCCCUCUUCACGCUAAUGCCAUACAAAUGUAUCCACAAAUUAAACACUGGGGCGGCAGGUAGCUAAGCGGUUAAGAGCUUUGGGCCAGUAACCAAGGUUGCUGGUUCGAAUCCCAUUGUCGACUAGGGGAAAAAUCUGUCUGUGCCCUUGAGCAAUGCACUUAACCCUAAUUGCUCCUGUAAGUUGCUCUGGACAAGAGUGCUAAAUGACAAAAAAAGUCCCCCCAAAAAAAGGCACACCGGGGGGGUGGAUAACUUUAAAACACUCCCAGUUAGUUGAUAGGCUGGAUCCUUUGUCCUUCCUGUAUGGCAGCACCAGUUGCCAUAUCGCCCUGGUUAGCCUAUUUCUAUGAGUUGGGCCUCAUAGAAAUAGAAUGACUGGCAAUGUCCCUUCUAGGGUUUCUAUUUCUAUAUCAGACCUCUUAUAAAUACCAUUGGACUGUCUGUUCGUCUAGCAAAAGACCGCAAAAGCUCCCAUAGCGGCUAAUACAUGUAGUGAGGGAUUAGGCCUGUGCAGGAUGUGUCUUAACAGUAGCCCUGACCCCUUUGAACGCUAUGCGUUUCCAACAAUGGUGUGUGGGUGGACAGUGUUAGCUGAUGGCAUAGGAGCAAAUGUGGUUUGCGGUUACUAAAAUAAGCCUUGGUGGGCACAGUUCAGUGUAUGUCAGUGUCAUACAAAAGAGGCUCUCACUUACAGACUGUGACCAGAACAUAAAUAACACACUUUCGAUGACCCAGACUGUUAUAACAUGAUUGUUUUGUCUGUGUGCGCUGCAGUCAGUGCAAUGUUUGAAAGCAGCUGUGAUUGGGGCAGAACAAGUACAAAGCAGGGGUCAAGUCUAAGGAGACUAUAGCCUUGGGCGAAUACGGUCGAGAUAAUGGUUUAUCCUUGACUGCAUCACUCUCUCUCUUUUUGUGACAUGAAGCGUGUGAUUUUAAUGUAAUGGUUGUGUGUUUUAUAUGGAAAGGAUAGUGGGAUUGAAUUAAAAUGUUCUCUUCCUCUUUUUUACUCUUUCCCCACUUUCUGUCUCUUCUCCUCUCUUCAUCCCUCUUUCUCACCCACUUUCUCAAUGUCUAUCCCUACAUCUCUCUAUUUCUCUCUUUUUUCAAUCUUCUCCUCUCUAUCCAUCUCUCUCCACCAUCCCCUCAUCUUCCCCUCCUCUAUCUAUCUCUUUCUCCUUCCCUCUCCAGGAACAACGCCAUCCAGAGUUGUGAGCAGCGGUUGGGCCAGUUCCGGUCUCUCUCUGGCUCCCUCCUCAGGUGGCUCCAGACAGCACAGGAGCAGCUGCCUCCCAAAGAACCCAACCUCAACACAGAGGCCCUGCAGAGGAGAGUGCAGCAGCUCAAGGUGUGUGUGUGUUCCUUUUUUAAGAACUACAUGGUUUUAAUCACACACAUGCAACAAACAGAAUCCUCAAUCAAUCACUGAAACACAUUUCACUCGUUCUAAGGUAUUGAUAGAUUUCGUAGUGUAUUGAUAAAUACGUUCCAAAGCAUGAUAGUGAUUCAGAAUGAUAUGUCCAUGUGAUUAUUAAUUGAGGAAUUAUAUAAAGCCAUUAAUAACUUUCGGACAUUUCUUUACUAAGGACUUACUGAGUGACUGGGAGGCCCAGGGGACUCGGGUUCAGGAGCUGAACAAGACUGGAUCAGAACUGGAGACCCUCAUCAUCAACAUCACAGCCCCCCAGACUAAGACAGGUAAGGGGAAUGGGAAACAACUGCCUGUGUGUGUGUCCUGCUACCUGCAUGUCCAACUUCAUCCAAGCUAUGUUUGUCAGUUGUAUAUUGUGUGUGUUGAAGUCUAUGCUAUCUGUGUGCUAUCAAUGUGUGUGUGUACUGUGAAUAAAUGCUAUGCUCGAAGUGUAAAACAUGUCCAUGCAAAACUGUGUAUGUGUACAGCGUGUGAAAAUCAGAGACUGAGCGUGUUAUAUGCUUAUCACUGUUUGUAUUGUACUGUACAUGAAUGUGUGUUAGUGUCUGUUGCAAUGUAUGUAGUUGUCUGAGUGCAGUGUGUCUCUCUCUCAGGUGUUCCCCAGAUCAAUGGUGCAGGCAGCCCCAGCAGUGUCAAUGGCAUUCACACAUGCAAAGGUGAGCUCCCCCUCACUCCCUUAUCCAAACCAAUUGUCUAUGGCCUUCUUUCUCAUAUGAGAUGCUCUCCAGCGCUUACUACUGUGGACAUCACUGCUUGAUGUACAAUCUGCUUUCUCGCUCGCUCGCUCCCAACAAUGCUUACUAUAUAUCCAUUUUCUGUCUGUGUGUCUGUCUUCUGUCUGUGUGCUUCUUAUAUGUGCUACUGCAGUGUCUAACACCAUUACAAACGUUUGUUGUCACUAAUAUUAUGUUGCUCUGGAUAAUAACAUCAACCAAAGGCCUUCAGUAGCUAGUUUUCCAUCCAAUUGGUGACAGAUUUUCAUGUGAAUAUUCUAAAAUCAGCAUAAAUACAAUAUGCACAUUUUCCCACCAGUGAUGUUUCCAUCAAAUUGACUUGUUGCAGAUAAGUCUGUGCGUGAUGACGUAGUGCACAUAAAAAUAACUUUUGUGGUUAAAUUCCCAUGUACCGAAUAUAAAUUACAAGUUAAAUGGGUUUCCAUCGCAUUUGCAACUCUACUGAUGGUUUUGUCACCAAAGAAAUUGCGUUAUAUAGCAAAUGUGCCCCCUCUGGUAUUGGCACCUGCACUCUAGCCAACAGCUUGCAGAUACAGUGCGGGUAUAGUCUACAUGAUGAGAUUAUUAUGGACAAAAGAGCGAUUAUUUUAAUUUGUCAAACGGCAGCCAAGCAUCGAUCAUCAUGUCACUAGAAUAAGAAUUUAUUGAAAAGGAGCAUCAAGCUCAUCACCUUGCACUUUCACCACCCUGUGAAGUUCAUAACUUAUUUCAUCUGUAGCCUAAUAAACUCCAUGAUUUCCCGAGUCGUAGUGGGAGAACAACACACCAUAUAACUGCGUGACUCUGCUUUUCCAUCUGUGGAAUGAAAAACACCAUACCAAUUAAAUGUGAUUGGAUUUGUUUGAUAGAUUGGUGCUCCUCCUCUUCUUUCUCUCAGACCUGACAGAGCUGCAGGUGGCGGUGGCCGAAGUGAACGGUCGUUACGAGGAGCUGGGAGGGGAACUGAAGAACAGACAGAGGCACCAGGAGGCUUCUCUGGAGCUCAGACAGAAGGCCAGCCAGGGUACCGAGGAGCUCAGCCGCUGGCUGCGAGACCGGGAGAACAGCCUGCACCUGGGCCAGACCACCACCUCCCCCUCCAAACCGGAGUUGGUACGCGCCCAGGCCCAGGAGAACAAGGUGAGUGUCUGGACUUGGGUCAAACCACAGUCAAUAUUGGGAUUUAUUAUGUCUGCUAGUUGGUCAACAAUGCUACGUUGGAAAAUCAGUGUUAUCAUCCCCUAGCUGACAUAAACAUAUUGUACUUUCUAUUGCUUACGUUCUACAUGCUUAUUCUUGUCUUUUUGUAUACAACAUACUGAUAUAGCUGUUUGUUCUCUAUACUUUAGGCCUUACUGUCUGAGCUGGCAGAGCAUUCUGGGAAGGUGGAGGAGCUGAAGAGCACCCUGGAGAAGCUGAUAGCAGACAACCCAGACUCCCCAGAGGCAGACACCUGGAGACAACAAAUGAAGGAGAUCGGUGAGUGGUACUGGGAUGGAUGAAUAGGGUCGGCCAUUUUGAAUAGUUAUGAGGUAAGGGACACAUUCUAACAUAAGGAACCAGUAGGCCUAUAUAAUUUGCAUGGGCAUCUACAUAAGACUUGGCCCUGAAUCAAAUAAUUAAUAGGGCCAUCCAUUUUGAAUGGUAGAUUCAUCAGUUUAAGGAACAUAUGACGUUUUAUUAAGUGAGGUACAUUUCAGAGGAUAAGAAGACAGGCUAAUAUAGUAGUUAUUUCAGAUUUAAUGAGAAGGCGUCAGCAAAGGUUAUUAGCUUUUUUCACGUCUUGAAAGGUGAAGAACAAAGAAUAUGUGGGAGGUUAAGAUCAAUAUUAGGUAGCGAAUGAAUGGGAUGACUCCUUGUCAAAGCUAUUAAAAUCACCUUCAAAUACUUUAUAUCUUUACCCUGACCUGAUAUAGCCCUGUGAUAUUUAAGGUAGGAACACGGCAGAGCUCCUUUCUCCACACAUUUCACACAAGGCCUUAUUUCAAAGCCAUGUGGAUCCAAGACUCACUCUAGAGGAAAGCGUACAGAGGCAGAAUAAAAAUUAGUUAAUGCAUGUUGAACAUUAACACAGGUCCAGGGGGAAGGUUCUUCCCAAUGAUGUGUAUAAACAAAGGAUGACUGACAGGGAGCGCUGUAUCGAAGCCACAGCACAGCCAUCCUGGCACUCCUCCUCAACUGCAAAAAAAGAUUGUGUCUAUAAUCAUAAUGAUUAUUCAGUCUUGCUGAGUCACUCAUGGAACCCAUGAGUUUCACUGUUAUGGUUCUCCACUAGUUUGUUAGUCAUUUUUUAAUAUAAGUAAUAGUUGCUAUGGUUUUUCACUCCAACGUUCACUUCCUAUUUACCUAGACUCCCGCUGGGCAAAGGCCAAUGAGACGGCAGUACAGAGGCAGACGGAACUGGAGACCUGUGCUGAUAGGCUGGGAUGCUUUGCCACAGCAGCCAGUCAGUUGGGGCCGUGGCUCAGAGAGAAGGAGCUGAUGAUGAGUGUGCUGGGACCCCUGAGCAUCGACCCCAACAUGCUGAACACCCAGAAACAACAAGUGCAGGUACAUAGAGGAUGUUAACUGUGUUGAACACAUGCAAAAUAAUGAAUAAGAAUGUCACAAUAGAUUGUCCACAACUUGCCAAUUCUGUAAAUACCAAUACCAACCGCAUUCUUAUGAAUUAGUGAUAAAUUGUACUAGCCAAAAUGUAGAAAUUAUUCCUCAUUGACGGAUAAUGUUCCGACUCCUCUUCUUUCCUAUCCCUCCAACCUCCACAGUUCAUGCUGCGUGAGUUUGAGACCCGCCGGCCCCAGUUCGACCAACUCACCCAGGCGGCCGAGGGCAUCCUUUCCCCGUCUGGUGGUGACUCCUCCCCGCAGGAUGACAAGGACCUUGCGGAGGUCCGGUCCGACCUGGCCUCCAUCUCUCAGCAGUGGGACGACCUCACUCAACGUCUGUCCCAGCGCUCGGAGCACAUCGACCAGGCCCAGGGCACCAGCGAGCGCUACCAGGCCCUGCUGAAGGACCUCUCGGUCAGCGUGGGGGCGCUAGGCGAGCGGCUGGAUGGCCAGGCCUCACUCAGUGCUCAGCCCGAGGCCCUGAAACGGCGUCUGCAGGAGACAGGCGAGAUCCGCACUGAGCUGGAGCAGAGGAGGGAGGAGCUGGGCAAGGCGGAGAAGCUGUGCGGCGAGCUGAGCGCCAUCGUGAUUGAACCUUACCUGAGAGACGAACUGAAGAAGAGGCUGGAGAGCGUGAGUGGCCCGCUAAGGAGCCUGGAGGAGAGGGCCGGUGAGUGUUCUGUUUUGUCUAUGGUGUUUAUCUUAAUUCUGUUUGUAUGAAUCUCUAUUGGCUUCAGUAGUAUUUGUAUGUAGAGGGUAAAGUUUUUUAUUUUUUGGUCUCAUCAUGGCUAGUGGUUUUGAAUCCAGCACUACAACCUCUCUCAGGCUUAGGUAGCUACUCCAUCUGGUUGAAUGUUCUUCAUCAAAACAUCUGUAAAUGAAUAGCAUUAAAAUCCUCUGUCCUCUCCCUCAGCUGACGGUCUGUCCCAGCUCCAAGCCGCUCUCUCCAGCACCCAGCAAUUCCAGCAGAUGUUUGAGGAGCUGCGGAGCUGGCUGGACAACCAGGGUGGUCAAAGAGACUCUACCGUCGACUCUCUCCCCUGCCAGCCUGAGGCUCUCCAGACCCUGCUUGCCCAGCAAGACGAGCUUCAUCGCGGGGUUGCCAGCCAACGUGGCCCCUACGAGCUCAUCCAGGCCGAGGGGGCCUCUCUGCUCGCCUCGCUACCCGCUGGCGCCGAAGAACAAUCAGCCUUACAGUCCCGGCUCACCACCCUACGCCAGGACUGGGAUGAGCUAAAUCAAUGCAUUGCGGAACGCCAGAACCGGCUGAAAACAGCCCUGACCAAGGCCGAGAGUUACCAGCAGCACCGCGCCGAGCUCACGCCCUGGGUGGCAGAGUGCGAGAAGCGGGAGGCUGACAUCCAGCCCUCCCUCGACCCUGCGGCCCUGGACGAGGCCUUGCAGAAGGCCAGGCAGCUGGGAUUGGACCUGGAGCGCCGUCGCCCCCUCCUGGAGGGUUUAAACACCGCGGCCGACCAACUCCUGGAACACUGCCGCGUCGGAGAGGAAGACAUACGCGACGAAAAAGCCCAACUCAACCGUAGAGUCGACGGGCUGGCAGAAAAGCUCCAGAACUGUGUUUCCCAAUUGGAAGAGUUAGCGGGUCGACUUAAGGAGUUUGAGGACGGCCGGCAGGCGGUGGAGAGGAGGCUGGAGGCGGCGCGGCAUCAGAUCGAGGUGCAGGAGGCGCUGGGCCCACAGGCGUGCAGCAACAAAAGCCUGGAGCGGCUGAGGAGCCAGCAGGAGACGCUGCACUCGCUGCAGCCACAGGUGGCCUACCUGAGGGAUCUGGCCCAGGGGCUGGUGCAGGACGCACCCCAGACAGCAGGGGGCGGCGGACAGGGAGGACAGAGGCUGGAGCAGCAGGCUCGAGACACAGACCGAGAGUUUGGAGACGUAAGCGAAAAGGUGAGAAGAUGUGUGAGGAAUUUAGUAUACACUGUAUUUCAUAUAUAAAUAUUUCAUAGACACUCAGAUUAACGAUAGAGCACUGUAUUCUGUUCAAUAGGAGAAUGUUUCAAAAAUGAAGCAUAGUUUUCAAAAAUAUAUUACACUCAAAUACAAUAAGGGUGUCUCAGUACUCUUCAACAGCCUUUUCUCUUUUGAAAGCAUUUGUUUGGGUAUGUUGGACUUAUCACUAUUAAUCGUCCUUUACAAUUACAUUAGUGAGUAUUGUAACACAGCCAAUCUGUUCAGCCUGGAGUGUGGCUGAUACAAAGGAGGAUCUAGUUUUAGCAGGGGUCGUUGUGUGCGAGGGUGUCAGGGCGUGUGUGUGACAGUGUGUGUGAGCCUGUAUGUAUGUAUGUAUGUAUGUGCGUGUUUGUGUGUGAGUUGAGAUAGAGAACAGAACGUAUUUAAGCUGACAGAGGAGUUCAAGUAUUAGCAGUUCCAGUGAUCUUAUAUGGUCAUUGUACAGAUAGAAAACUUCAGACCACUUAAUCACUUUACUGAAAUGUAAACCAACGAGUCAAGAGCAUUGUACUGUAUAUUGAUACAGUGCCUUCAGACAGUAUUCAACAAAAAAAUCUCACCUAUCUACACACAAUAACCCACAAUGACAAAGUGAAAACCUGUUUUUAGAAAUGUUUGCAAAUGUAUUGAAAAUUAAAUACAGAAAUAGCUCUUUUAAAUAAGUAUUCACACCCAUGAAUCGAUUACAGCUUCGAGUCGUCUUGGGUAUGUCUGUAUCAGCUUUGCACAUCUGGAUUUGGGGAUUUUCUCCCAUUCUUCCUUGCGGAUUUUCUCAAGCGCUGUUAAGUUAGAUGGGGAGCGGCAGUGAACAGCAAUCUUCAAGUCUUUCCACAGAUUUUCAAUGGGAUUCAAGUCUGGGCUUUGGCUGGGCCACUCAAGGACUUUCACAUUAUUGUUAUGAAGCCAUUCCAGCAUUGCUUUGGAUGUAUUCUUGGGCUCGUUGUCCUGUUGGAACGUAAAUCUUCACCCCUUUCUAAGGUCGUUUGCACACUGAAGCAGGUUCUCAUCAAGGCUUUGCCUGUGUUUGGCUCCAUUCAUUGUUCCCUCUAUCCUUACCAGUCUCCCAGUCCCUGCUGCUGAAAAGCAUCCCCAUAGCAUGAUGCUGCCACCACAAUAUUUCAUGGUAGGGAUGGUGUUAGACAGGUGAUGAGCUGUGCCUGGUUUUCUCCAGACAUAGCGCUUUGCAUUCAGGCCAAAGAGUUACAUUUUGUCUCAUCAGACCACAGAAUAUUUUGCAUUAGAAUCAGAGUAUUUCACGUUCCUUUUUGCAAACUCCAGGCGUGCUGUCAUAUGCCUUUUUCUCAGGAGUGGCAUCCGUCUGGCCACGCUCCCAUAAAGCCCAGAUUUGUGAAGUGCGGUAGAGACUGUUGUCCUUCUGGCAGGUUCCCCCAUCUCAACCAAGGAACUCUGUAGUUCUGUCAGUGGUCAUUGGGUUCUCGGUCACCUCCCUGACCAAGGUCCUUCUUGACCGGUUGCUCAGUUUGGUCGGACAGCCAGCUCUAGGCAGAGUCUGGGUAGUUCCAUAUUCUUUCAAUUUCCCAAUGAUGGAGACCACUGAGCUCUUGGAAACUUUCAACACUCUAGAAAUUGUUUUAUACCCUACCCCAGAUAUAUGCCUCAUCACAAUUAUAUUUUGGAGAUCUACAGACAGUUCCUUGGACUUCAUGGUAUAGUUUGUGCUCUGACAUACACUGUCAACUGUAGGACCUUAUAUAGACAGGUGUGUUUCUUUCUAAAUCAUGUCCAAACAGUGGAAUUGGCCACAGGUGGACUCCAAUCAAGUUGAAGUGACAUCUCAAGGAUGAUCAAAGGAAAUUGGAUUAACCUGAGUUUAAUUUGCAAAAGGGUGUGAAUACUUAUGUAAAUUAAAUAUUUAUGUAUUUCAUUUUCAAUACAUUUGCAACAUUUGUAAACAUGUUUUCACUUUGUCAUUAUGGGGCACUGUAUGUAUAGUUCCGAAAUGUGCCAUAGAUAGUUACUUAUAGACUGGUUUCACUUACAAAUCAAUAUGGUAUUUGAUUUGAUUAAUGAGAAAGUUAGUCAUCAAAACAAAGAGCUAGGAUACAUUAACUAGGCUACAUGAAUCAGCAUUUUAUUUGUCCCGCUAUUUAUAUCAUAUUAUUACAUCAGCAAGGCACCAUGCCACUUUCAACUUGCUAACAUUAUUAACUCUCUCUCUCCCCCCUUCUCCCCCUUCCCUCCCUCCCCACUUCUCCCCCUUCCCUCCCCCCUCUAGAUUGAACAGUGCUGUUCCACCCUGGAGUCCCGUCUCAAGGGUGUGGGGGAAGUCCAGUCCUCGGUGCGCGACCUCUUCUCCCGCCUGGCCGACCUGGACGACGAGCUGGACUCUCUGAGCCCCGUGCGGCGUGAUGCCGACUCGCUUGCCUCGCAGGCGGAUGCCGUCCGCACCUUCCUGGCUCACCUGGCCACGUUGAGGUCGGAGCUUGAAGGUCACGGGGGCGACUGCACCGCCAUGCUCCGCCGAGAGGGGUCAUCUCCCGAUCUCCUCGCCCUGAGGAGAGAGACUGAGGCCCUGAGCCGCCAAGCUGGGAAGCUGGCCGAGAGGGGCCAGGCCAGACUGGGGCAGAUCGAGGCAGCUGCCGAGAAGGUGGGAGAGUUCUACGCCCAGGUGGCGGAGCUGCAAGGGCUACUGGGAAGGGCAGAGGAGGGACUUAACGCGCAGGGCGUGGUGGGGACGGAGGUGGAAACCAUCAAGCAGCAGCUGCACGAGUUCAAGGUAAGAACAAGUUUGAUGUUUAUGGUUGGAAAUGUGAAUGUGCUACGACUGAAAUGGAAUGACUAGAAUGGACAAUCUCGUUCAAGUCAACGUUCCGUGAUGGGUGGGCCGCCGGCCAUAUUGAGUUUAUCCAGGCCUGGAAGUCAUUCUCUUUCUAUGGCUACUCUAUUGUAAUAUGUAUUUGUUUUGUCUUGUGCUUUUGUUCUCUGAUACGUUUUUGUUUUGGUUGCGGUACCGUGUAAUAUUUUUGGACAUUAUGUCUUCAGAUAUUGGUAAAUUGGGUAGAGCCAGCUAUGGUUAUACUGUAGCACAGCCUCAUAGAAGUGAGCUUGGCAUGAGUUUCCCAAGUGUUUUUGGUGCCGGCAUCAAUGAACAGCCUUCUGAAUUUUCUUGUGAUUUCUCAGAGAAUGGAAAACGUACAUUUCUAG